CAUUCUGCCCUAGGUUGUCCAGCAGACUGACUCAGUACAUUAUUCAAGAUCAUAUGGUUUCCCACUACAAAAAGGUGUAUUCAGCUAAUGGUAAAAUAGCCUAACUCAUGUGGGUCCCUUUCAAUUUGAACCAUAAGCUGACUUUGGUUAUUAAUAUCAUAAUUGUCUUCCAAUGUACAGUAUUACAGUUGCCAUUGAUGCAUCAGUACGCAAAAGUAUGCUAAGCAGUGCAAAAUGUAAGUUAAUUUUUUACCAUCUGAAAUCGAUCAAAAAUCUGAAAAAAUCGCACAUGGGCUAUAUGACCUGAUUUAGUUAUUUAUCGUUGUGUACAUUCACAGACAAUGACCAGUUAAGGUGGGAACAGUUGAGGAAAGAUGCCAGCUCUGAGAGAAGUCCUCAAUCAGCCCGCUCACAUUCACAGAGGAGCAGCAGAACCAACACCAGGGCCUCCUGCCCAUCACAAAAUGCCAGUGUAAGAAGGCACUGCAGUGUUUUCUGCCCUAUUACUGUUUGUCAUGUAGUUAUCUUAUUCACCUAAUUUUAAAUAAUUCUUGAAGUGUACACUGGCAGUCACACGUCAUUAUAAAAGGGUGCAAUGCUACAUAGAAAUAGAUGGUAAAGAUGAUUGUGUUGAUUUUUAAGGAUUUGUCUCUCUUGCCUUCCAGAGCAGGUGAAGAAGCUCUACCUGGGAAGCUCCAUGAUUUCCACUCCCAAGACUCAAACCUCCUUUCACGCCAAGCAAAUAGUUUACCGUCCCAAACAUUCGGUGAGUCUGGGAGCCCCCCACACUUCCUCCACUCUGCAUCAGAGUACAGCUACAGGAGCCCAAACUUCCAGAGGCAGCAGUCAGCCCACUCCUGCGCCACCACAGGUACCCAGAGUGGCUACAGGGCCCUCCAGAACCCUGUCCAGAAGACCUACAGUGGCGACCUGAAUCAGAAACAUGCCCACAGCUUUACCCUGGACAAACCCUUCACUCCCAGGACCAUGAAGUCAGACAGGAGAGGAGCAGCCUACCACGGCAGGAGACCUAUCAUGGAAGGUAACGUGUUGCCUAAUCUUUCAUAGCACAGGGGUCUUAUUGAAUGAGGUGAGAGAGAGGUUUAAUUACUGCUUUAAAAGCUUCUAUAAAUAUAGGAGAAGAUGGUAAAGUGUGAAAUAGGCAGCUAAAUAUAAUACAUUCAUGAUCACUGCAGAACCCUAGCAGCUCCUAGCAGUCUCACCUACAUAGUUUCCCUGUAAAGUAACCAUUCCGGCUUACCAUUAUUUUCUCUACAGUGAGAAAUAAUUAAUGUGCCUUGAAUGUAUUGCUAAUGUAACAAAUUAGAUAUUGUCCAGGGGUCUGUACUCUAACAGGGACACUACAAGACCAAAUGUAUGUGGACACCUGCUCGUCGAAGAAAUCUCAUUCCAAUAUCGUGGGCAUUAAUAUGGAGUUGGUCCCCCCCUUGCUGCUAUAACAGCCUCCACUCUUCUGGACUUUCCACUAGAUGUUGUAACAUUGCUGCAGGGACUUCCAUUCAGCCACGAGCAUUAGUGAGGUCGGGCACUAAUGUUGGGCGAUUAGGCCUGGCUCACAGUCGGCGUUCCAAUUCAUCCCAAAGGUGUUCGAUGGGUUUGAGGUCAGGGCUCUGUGCAGGCCAGUCAAGUUCUUCAACACCGAUCUCGUCAAACCAUUUCUGUAUGGACCUUGCUUUGUGCAUGGGGGCAUUGUCAUGCUGAAACAGGAAAGGGCCUUCCCCAAACUGUUGCCAAAAAGUUGGAAGCACAGAAUCGUCUAGAAUGUCAUUGUAUGCUGUAGCGUUACGAUUUCCCUUCACUGGAACUAAGGAGCCUAGCCCAACCAUGAAAAACAGCCCCAAACCAUUAUUCCUCCUCCACCAAACUUUACAGUUGGCACUAUGCAUUGGGGCAGGUACUGUUCUCCUGGCAUCCGCCAAACCCAGAUUCGUCCGUUGGACUGCCAGAUGGUGAAGCGUGGUUCAUCACUCCAGAGAAGGUGUUUCCACUGCUCCAGAGUCCAAUGGCGGAGAGCUUUAGAUUUGUACGCAUUGCUCGCUUCAGCACUCGGCAGUCCCGUUCUGUGAGCUUUUGUGGCCUACCGCUUCGUGGCUGAGCCGUUGUUGCUCCUAGACGUUUCCACUUCACAAUAACAGCACUUGCAGUUGACCGGGGCAGCUUUAGCAGGGCAGAAAUCUGAUGAACUGACUUGUUGGAAAGGUGGCAUCCAGUGACGGUGCCAUGUUGAAAGUCACUGAACUCUUCAGUAAGGCCAUUCUACUGCCAAUGUUUGUCUAUGGAGAUUGCAUGGCUGUGUGCUCGAUUUUAUACACCUGUCAGCAACGGGUGUGACUGAAAUAGCCGAAUCCACUAAUUUGAAGGGAUGUCCACAUACUCUUGUAUAUACAGUGCAUUCGGAAAGUAUUCAGACCCCUUGACUUUUUCCGUAUUUUGUUAUAUUACAGCCUUAUUCUAAAAUGGAUUCAAUUGUUUUUUCCCCCCUCAUCAAUCUACAUACAAUACCCCAUAAUGACAAACCAAAAACAGGUUUUUAGAAAUGUUUGCCCAAUUUAUACAAAAAUAAAACAACUGAAAUAUGACAUUUACAUAACUAUUCAGACCCUUUACUCAGUACUUUGUUGAAGCACCUUUGGCAGCGAUUACAGCCUCGAGCGUUCUUGGGUAUGACGCUACCAGCUUGGCACACCUGUAUUUGGGGAGUUUCUCCCGUUCUUCUCAGCAGAUCCUCUCAAGCUCUGUCAGGUUGGGUGGGGAGGGUCGCUGCACAGCUAUUUUCAGGUCUCUCCAGAUGUGUUCGAUCGGGUUCAAGUCCAGGCUCUGGCUGGGCCACUCAAGGACAUUCAGAGACUUGUCCCAAAGCCACUCCUGCAUUGUCUUGGCUGUGUGCUUAGGGUCGUUGUCCUGUUGGAAGGUGAACCUUCGCCACAGUCUGAGGUCCUGAGCGCUCUGGAGCAGGUUUUCAUCAAGGAUCUCUCUGUACUUUGCUCCGCUCAUGUUUCCCUCGAUCCUGACCAGUCCCUGCCGCUGAAAAACAUCCCCACAGCAUGAUGCUGCCGCCACCAUGCUUCACCGUAGGGAUGGUGCCAGGUUUCCUCCAGAUGUGACGCUUGGCAUUCAGGCCAAAGAGUUCAAUCUAGGUUUCAUCAUACCAGAGAAUCUUGUUUCUCAUGGUCUGAGAGUCCUUUAGGUGCCUUUUGGCAAACUCAGUGGGCUGUCAUGUGCCUUUUACUGAGGAGUGGCUUCCGUCUGGCCACUCUACCAUAAAGGCCUGAUUGGUGGAGUACUGCAGAGAUGGUUGUCCUUCUGGAAGGUUCUCCCAUCUCCACAGAGGAGCUCUGUCAGAGUGACCAUCGGGUUCUUGGUCACCUCCCUGACCAAGGCCCUUCUCCACCGAAAGCUCAGUUUGGCCGGGCGGUCAGCUCUAGGAAGAGUCUUGGUGGUUCCAAACUUCUUCCAUUUAAGAAUGACGGAGGCCACUGUUUUCUUGGGGACCUUCAAAGCUGCAGAAAUGUUGUACCCUUCCCUAGAUCUGAUCCUCGACACAAUCCUGUCUCUGAGCUCUACGGACAAUUCCUUCGACCUCAUGGCUUGGUUUUUGCUCUGAAAUGCGCUGUCAACUGUGAGACCUUUAUAUAGACAGGUGUGUGCCUUUUCAAAAUCAUGUCCAAUCAAUUGAAUUUACCGCAGGUGGACUCAAAUGAAGUUGUAGAAACAUCUCAAGGAUGAUCAAUGGAAACAGGAUGCACCCGAGCUCAAUUUCAAGUCUCAUAGUAAAGGGUCUGAAUACUUAUGUAAAUAAGGUAUUUCUGUUUUUUCUCGUUGUCAUUAUGGGGUAUUGGGUGUAGAUUGAUGAGGAAUUUUGAUUGAUUUAAUCCAUUUUAGAAAAAGGCGGUAACGUAAUCAAAAUGUGGAAAAAGGGAAGGGGUCUGAAUAUUUUAACUGUUUUUCUCAGGACAUGAGACCUUGUAGCCAGCACCUCAUCUAGUAUUAAUGCUUGGCUAUAAAUCACAGGUGAUGAUCCUCGUAGUAAUCCCACCUCAUGAAACCUGUAAUAGUUCUUUAAACAGGGGCAUGAUGAUGUUGAUUAACUUGUCUCUGUGUCCGUGUGAAUCUGAAUGUGUUGUUACCACGUGUAGGUAUUGAUACUAAUUUCUUCUCGUUCCAAAGUGUCUUAGAGCGGGUGUUUGAACGUCAUGUGGACAAUAAUAAACAUGGAUAAGAUGAGUUGAGUGUCAACUUUACAUGGGCAUCUGCACUGGCUGCAUUAAUGUGUUGUUUUUUACACUCAUGCUACAUACAAAAUGGCAAAAAGAAAAUCAAACAAGCUGAUAUGUUCUGUACAUGAAAUUAGAGAUCUGUCAGAGAAUUACUUAGGGUCAAUAAGUUUGGUUUGGUUCUUUUCAAGGACCAAAUGCGCCAUCUUCUGGAGACUCUGUGCAAUGACUUGCAAAGUCCAGCGAACACAGCUACCUGUAGUGCAGAGCCUCAGAGUGGUGAAGAGACAGAGAUUGACCUUCUUCCUAGUCAUCUGCAGUAUAUGGAGUCUCUGGACGGAGGAUCACCAUCAGAAACCAAAGAGGACAAUGACCUUUUUCGCUAUGCAUUGUUUAGUAACAAGGACAGUGGUGGGCUGGAUAAUGUCGAUCAAUUGUCAGUGUCCACACCGUUACAUGGUAGCCCUCCUGAGAGGCCUGACUCUGUCGGUCUGUCUGUUGGUUCAUCUGAUGCUGAUGAAGGUACAGAGGGCCUUGAUGAGCAGGAUCAUGACAGGGAAUAUGGCUGUCCUCUUUCAGUUGGUGAAAAUACCCCUCUGACCCUUGAGGAGGAUCACAAUCAACCUAGAAGACAAUCAUGGUGGACUGUCCAAAGAGCAGGCUGAGUCUUUGCAUGUGUCCAAUGCAUCUGAUUUCCCAGGGCCAGGAGUCACUGAGAAUAUAAACACACUAGCCUCUUUCAGCUCCUCCUGUAGCUCAAUUGGUAGAGCAUGGCGCUUGCAAUGCCAGGGUUGUGGGUUUGUUUCCCACAGGGGGGCCAGUAGGAAAAAUUUAUGCACUCACUAACUGUAAGUCGCUCUGGAUAAGAGCGUCUGCUAAAUUACUAAAAUGUAAAGUGUAAUGAUGAGUUCUGAUUUUAUUUGUAUUUUAGGGAUGAGUUUAAGGAGACUAUUUUCGCUACGAGCAAUUUGAUAUUGAGGUUUUUGCAUCUCAAAUGUGUUUUAUAAAUGGAAGGUGUAUAUUUCAUACUUUUUGUAAAUGCCCAUUCCUGUUCUGGGCACUGUAUUGUAGAGAUUUACCUUACAAAGUUUUGACCAAUAUGUAUUUGGAUUAUUGUUACACAAUGAUGAGAAUGAACUAGACCAGAAAUGUAUUUUGAUAUAUUUAUCAGUGUAUUGCUCACUAUGUAGCCUAUUGGUUUCCAAUAACAGACUAUCAGUGAAUAAUAUAGGAAAAGCCUUUAAUAAGAGGCACUGUGCUCUCUGCAACAUGUAGCUUAGUUAACUGUGACCUUUGCUGUGACUGCCUGACAGUGUUUUUCAUGUUUACAGGAAAAUGUUUUGUUAUGAACCGCCGCCUCUUUCAUCAUGCACUCUGCACAAAAGUCAACUUGUCUCAGCUCUGUCCUAGUGGGAGGGGAGGGGAGGGGAGGGGGGGGGUGUUUGUCUAUUUUCAUACAGCAGUAUCACACAAUAUUUUACAGUAACCUCAGCUGGCAUGAGUAAAUUAAACGGACAGUUCACACAUAAGUAUAAUAUGAGCAGAAAUAUAGGUUUUCAGUGUACGGUGCUGAAUAACGUAGUCGUAAACAGGGAGGCAGCUGUCUCAUUCUUGGAAUAUUCCCUGCCUGGCAUUCCAGCUGUCUGAUGUCAUUGCCUCAAAAUCUGCCGUGUAUCACGCCGCUGUUGAAGAACUACUCAACAUUUUAUAAAGAAAUACAGCCGUUGAAACCCAUACUGGACCUGAAGAAAAUAUAUGUAAUGUAAAUGUUCAUAGUUUUGCUUGUCUAUGUAAAUCAAAAUAAUAGGAAAACGGUUGUGUUAAAAAGAGUAGAAUGUAGAUCCGCGGAUGUAGAGAUUCAUACACACUUGUUGCUCUUUCGGCAGGAAGUGAAGCACGUCGUUAGCUUAGUUGGAUUUCGGCAUGCAGCUUCCAAACUAAACCUUUUCGAUAUUUGACAUAACUAUCACCUAUUAUGCCUGGCGGCAGAUUUGGAUAUGCACAAUUUACAAAUGGACUAAUUUGCUUUUGACAUACAUCAAUAAGGUAAAGGUGCUAAUGUCAGCUAUUUGCAGGGAUUUUGUUGUGAUGGAGAGCCCAUUUUGACGCUGACGACGUUAGCUAUGCUAUCCUGCAAGCUAAUUAGCGAAAGUUAUUGUACUGCAGGCUUUCACACACUUUGUCCUGGGCCCCCCACUGCACUACACAGUUGAUUGAAAUAAUCGACGUUUGAUGAUUAGAAGGGUAAUUGAAUCAGCUGUGUAGUGCUAGGGCAAAAACCAAAACGUGCACUGGGGGGGGGGGGGGGAGGACUGAGUUUGGGAAAACCUGGUGUACUGGAUAGUUCUAUCAGAGUCCUUAAACAUACUGUACUGUAUUUGGUUCUAUUUUUUGGGGGGAGCUUCUCUGUUUUAUAACCGUAUAGCUAGCUAUGUCUAAAAUAGUGUUUGUUUAUUUUUCAUGUAACCCGAAGUAACUUGUUGCUUCAACUUGAUGGCGUUAGUGGGCUAACGUUAGCUAACUAAAUUAGCAAGGCUAGUUAGCCAGCUAACCCGCUAACUGAGCUAGCUAACUAACGUCAAAAAAUAUGCUAAUUUCUGAUGGAGACUGUCCGUCUCUACAAUAUAACCUGUAUUGAACAUUGUAAUAUAGUAUGUUGGCUAUUAGCAAGUAAAAGUCGUUGAUGUCUUUGCAACAAACAACUUUAGUUUACUAGUUAAAUCUGGACUGGAGCUCACUGCACUGUCUAUCAACAAUCAAUUUUGAUCUCUGUUAAUCCAGUGUAAUGGAAGUGUCCUACAGAUAACUUUGGGAUGGACCACCAUUAGCAAUUUCCUGGUACAGAGUUAUUCGCAGCUCAUUCAAUAAUCACUCGACUGACUGACUCUGAUUUGCACCAAGAAAUCAGAUGCUCCCUGUCUAGCUAGCUAAGUGGAUUACCAAUAAGAUGUGUUGUUUCAUAACGGGCAUCUGUUUUAUGUUCUGAGAUUGGUUGCCUCUGCCAGUGGUCACUGGUGGUCAGGGAUUGCAGGCUUUUGUUCCAGCCACGCACACUACAUAACUGAAUCAACUUAUCAAUGUUGAACUCUAAAAUCAGGUGUGUAUUAGUGUUGGGUUGGAACAAAAGCCUGCACACCCUGUUGCACUCCAGAACCAAAGUUGGUGAUUCCAAAUAACAUGUUAUAUCGUAUAAUACUGUUUGCUAUGUUGUUUGUCUGGAAAUGUUAUCUGGAAAAUGUGUGUGACUUCAUCAAAUAAUUUGUAUUCUCUCAUAUUUUGUCUCUUUCUGUUUUCGCAGGGAUACAUGUAUCCAACUCAUGGAUUGCCUCUUGUCCACUACAUUUUUGAUGGGCAAAGUUUAGAGACAACGGGACACAUUUUUCUGGAUCAAGGAAGGACUCCUUGCCAAAGGACUUUGAAACAUGCCCUUGCCAUUCGGCUUAAAACUCAAAAGAACUCGAAGGUAUACUGUCUCAAGCAAGAGCUGUCUGGUCACACGCAUUCAGCUGCUCAAUGGUGAAUUUGUUGAGUUUACGCUUUCUGUGGAGAGCACCGGCCAGGAAUGUUUGGAGGCAGUUGCACAGAGACUCGAGUUACGAGAGGUAUGUAUGCUCACGCAAAACGACUGAAACACUUAUGGUUGUCGUUUUGUGUUUGUGAUUACUCUUCUCAAAUAGGUGGCCAUUUAGGCUAAAGUUAUCAUGGUCUAUGAUCUGUUCUCCAACAGCCUACCUGAUUGUUUUAUAAUGACAGGACUAUCAGAAACCUAGAACGUAUCCUAUUGUCUUGAGGGUAUGGAAAGAAUAAUUAGUUUCAGCCAAAGGCAUUCCACAUUGACCUAGUCAUUCUUCAAUCACGUAGGCCAAACAUGCACCGCUCAAGUGGACCCACCUCUGCAAUGAACACCACACAGUGGACACCUGCGCUGUGAUUCGGUAUGCAUCUGAAUCAGACUUGGUAGCUAGGUUUCCAUCCAAUUGGCAACAGAUUUUCAUGUGAAUAUUCUAGAAUCCGCAUAAAGAAAAUAUGUAAAUUUUCCCACCAGUGGUGUGUUUCCACCAAAUGGACUUGUUGCGGAGAAAAAACAGUGCCUGAUGAUUUAGUGCACACAAAAUGUACUUCUUCGCUUAAGUUUUCAUGUACCGAAUAAAAUCAAUAAUUCAGUGUAUUUCCAUCGCAUUUUCAACUCUACUGAUAGUUUUGUCACAAACUUUUGCAUUAAAUAGCAAAUGUGACUACUAUGGUCUUCACACAUGCACUCUAGCCAACAGCUUGCAGAUAUAGUGCGGACAGGCUAGUCUACAUGAUGAGAUUAUUAUGGAUAAGGAUAUUAUGAAUAUUUUUCUUUGUAAACGGCUACAUCUCUAGUUAGGACCGUAUGAUUGUGUCGACAGAGAGGGCUGCCUCGCUUCUAGUCCUUAGGAAACUUUGCAGUAUUUUGUUUUUUUAUGUAUUAUUUCUUACAUUGUUAGUCCAGAAAAUCUUAAGUGUAAUUACAUACAGGCGGGGAGAACUAUUGGAUAUCAGAGCGGCGUCAACUUACCAGCACUACGACCAGGAAUACGACUUUCCUGAAGCGGAUCCUUUGUUCGCACCACCCAGGGCAUUUGAACUGAUUCGAGAGGCCGACCCAAAACAACGCCGCCGGAGGAGAGGGAGCCGGAGCGGUCUCCUAGUCAGACUUAGGAGGCGCGCACUCCACCCAUCGCUUCCAAGUAUAUUACUCGCUAAUGUCCAGUCCCUAGACAACAAAGUGGACGAGAUCAGGGCAAGGGUUGCUUUCCAGAGAGACAUUAGGGAUUGUAACAUACUCUGUUUCAUGGAAACAUGGCUCUCUCGGGAUAUACUGUCCCCGUCCAUACAGCCAUCUGGGUUCUCAGUACAUCGCGCCGACAGGAAUAAACAUCUCUUCGGGAAGAAGAGGGGUGGGGAGGUAUGUUUCAUGACUAAAGACUAAUGGUGUAAUUGUAACAACAUACAGGAACUCAAGUCAUUUUGUUCACCUGACCUAGAAUUCCUCACAAUCAAAUGCAGACCGUAUUGUCUCCCAAGAGAAUUCUGUUUGGUUAUUGUUACAGCCGUGUUUAUCCCCCCUCAAGCUGAUACCACGACGGUUCUCAAGGAACUCCACUGGACUUUAUGCAAACUGGAAACCAUAUAUCCUGAGGCUGCAUUUUUUGUAGCUGGGGAUUUUAACAAAGCAAAUUUGAGAAAAGGGCUACCUAAAUUCUAUCAGCAUAUUGACUGUAGCACUCGCGCUGGAAAAACGCUGGACCAUUGUUACACUCAUUUCCGCUAUGCAUACAUGGCCCUCCCCUGCCCUCCUUUAGGCAAAUCUGACCACGACUACAUUUUGUUCCUCUCUUCCUAAAGGCAGAAACUCAAACAGGAAGCACCCGUGCUUAGGACUAUUCAACGCUGGUCUGACCAAUCGGAAUCCACACUACAAGAUUGUUUUGAUCAUGCAGACUGGGAUAUGUUCCAGGUAGCCUCUGAGAAUAAUAUAGACGUAUACGCUGAUUUGGUGAGUGGGUUUAUAAGGAAGUGUAUAGGAGAUGUCGUACCUGUUAUGACUAUUAAAACCUACCCUAAUCAGAAACCGUGGAUAGAUGCCAGCAUUUGCGAAAAACUGAAAGCACGAACCACCGCAUUUAGCCAUGGCAAGGUGACGGGGAAUAUAGCAGAAUACAAACAGAGUGGUCGUUCCCUCCGCAUGGCAAUCAAACAGGCAAAACGUCAAUAUCGAGACAAAGUGGAGUCGCAAUUCAACGGCUCAGAAACAAGACAUAUGUGGCAGGGUUUACAGACAAUCACGGACUACAAUAGGAAAACCAGCUCCAUCGCGGACACCAACGUUUAGCUUGUCUGGCGGCAAGACAAGUUCUUUGCACGCAUUGAGGAUAACAGCGUGCCACCGACGCGGCCAGCUACCAAUGACUGUGGGCUCUCCUUCUCCACGGCGGACGUGAGUAAGACAUUUAAACGUGUUAACCCUCGCAAGGCUGCCGGCCCAGACGGCAUUCCUAGCCCCGUCCUCAGAGCAUGCGCAGACCAGCUGGCUGGUGUGUUUACGGACAUAUUCAAUCUCUCCCUAUCUCAGUCUGCUGACCCCACAUGCUUCAAGAUGGCAACCAUUGUUCCUGUACCCAAGAAUGCAAAGGUAAUUGAACUAAAUGACUAUCGCCCCGUAGGACUCACUUCUGUCAUCAUGAAGUGCUUUGAGAGACUAGUCAAGGAUCAUAUCACCUCCACCUUACCUGUCACCCUAGACCCACUUCAAUUUGCAUACUGCCCCAAUAGGUCCACAGACGAUGCAAACACACUGCACACUGCCCUAUCCCAUCUGGACAAGAGGAAUACCUAUGUAAGAAAGCUGUUCAUUGACUAGCUCAGCAUUCAACACCAUAGUACCCUCCAAGCUCAUCAUCAAGCUUGAGGCCGUGGGUCUCAACCCCGCCCUGUGCAAUUGGGUCCUGGGCUUCCUGACGGGCCGCCCACAGGUGGUGAAGGUAGGAAACAACAUCUCCACUUCGCUGAUCCUCAACACUGGGGCCCUACAAGGGUGUGUGCUCAGCCCCCUCCUGUACUCCCUGUUCACGCAUGACUGCGUAGCAAUGCACGCCUCCAACUCAAUCAUCAAGUUUGCAGACGACACAACAGUAGUAGGCUUGAUUACCAACAACCAUGACAGCCUACAGGGAGGAGGUGAGGGCUCUUGGAGUGUGGUGUCAGGAAAAUAACCUCUCACUCAACGUCAAAAAAACUAAGGAGAUGAUCGUGGAUUUCAGGAAACAGCAGAGGGAGUACCCCCAUAUCCACAUCAACGGGACAGCAGUGGAGAAUGUGGAAAGUUUUAAGUUCCUCAGCGUACAUAUCACUGACAAACUGAAAUGGUCCACCCACACAGACAGUGUGGUGAAGAAGGCGCAACAGCAUCUCUUCAACCUUAGGAGGCUGAAGAAAUGUGGCCUGUCACCUAAAACCCUCACAAACUUUUACAGAUGCACAAUUGAGAGCAUCCUGUCGGGCUGUAUCACCGCCUGGUACGGCAACUGCACCGCCCACAACCGCAGGGCUCUCCAGAGGGUGGUGCGGUCUGCACAAUGCAUCACCGGGGGCAAACUACCUGCCCUCCAGGUGACCUACAGCACCCGAUGUCACAGGAAGGCCAAAAAGAUAAUCAAGGACAACUACCACCCGAACCACUGCCUGUUCACUCCGCUAUCAUCCAGAAGGCGAGGACAGUACAGGUGCAUCAAAGAUGGGACAGAGAGACUGAAAAACAGCUUCUAUCUCAAGGCUAUCAGACUGUUAAACAGCCAUCACUAGCACAGAGAGGCUGCGGCCUACAUAUAGACUAGAAAAUCACUGGCCACUUUAAUCAAUGGAACACUAGUCACUUUAAUAAUGCCACUUUAAUGUUUACAUAUCUUGCAUUACCCAUCUCAUAUGUAAACUAAGCAAAAAAAAGAAACGUCCCCUUUUCAGGACCCUGUCUUUCAAAGAUAAUCCAAAUAAUCAAAAAAUGGUUUAAACACUGUUUCCCAUGCUUGUUCAAUGAAACAUAAACAGUUAAUUAACAUGCACCUGUGGAACGGUCGUUAAGACACUAACAGCUUACAGACGGUAGGCAAUUAAGGUCACAGUUAUGAAAACGUAGGACACUAAAGAGGCCUUUCUACUGACUCUGGAAAAACAAAAGAAAGAUGCCCAGGGUCCCUGCUCAUCUGCGUGAACGAGCCUUAGGCAUGCUGCAAGGAGGCAUGAGGACUGCAGAUGUGGCCAGGGCAAUAAAUUGCAAUGUCCGUACUGUGAGACGCCUAAGACGGCGCUACAGGGAGACAGGACGGACAGCUGAUCGUCCUCGCAGUGGCAGACCACAUGUAACAACACCUGCACAGGAUCGGUACAUCCGAACAUCACACCUGCGGGACAGGUACAGGAUGGCAACAACAACUGCCCGAGUUGCACCAGGAAUGCACAAUCCCUCCAUUAGUGCUCAGACUGUCCGCAAUAGGCUGAGAGGGGCUGGACUGAGGGCUUGUAGGCCUGUUGUAAGGCAGGUCCUCACCAGACAUCACCGGCAACAACGUCGCCUAUUGGCACAAACCCACCGUCACUGGACCGGGCAUAAAGUGCUCUUCCCUGAUGAGUCGCAGUUUUGUCUCACCAGGGGUGAUGGUCAGAUUCGCGUUUAUCGUUGAAGGAAUGAGCGUUACACCGAUGCCUGUACUCUGGAGCGGGAUCGAUUUGGAGGUGGAGGGUCCGUCAUGGUCUGGGGCGGUGUGUCACAGCCUCAUCGGACUGAGCUUGUUGUCAUUGCAGGCAAUCUCAACGCUGUGCGUUACAGGGAAGACAUCCUCCUCCCUCAUGUGAUACCCUUCCUGCAGGCUCAUCCUGACAUGACCCUCCAGCAUGACAAUUCCACCAGUCAUACUGCUCGUUCUGUGUGUGAUUUCCUGCAAGACAGGAAUGUCAGUGUUCUGCCAUGGCCAGCGAAGAGCCCGGAUAUCAAUCCCAUUGAGCACGUCUGGGACCUGUUGGAUCGGAGGGUGAGGGCUAGGGCCAUUCCCCCCAGAAAUGUCUGGGAAUUUGCAGGUGCCUUGGUGGAAGAGUGGGGUAACAUCUCACAGCAAGAACUGGCAAAUCAGGUGCAGUCCAUGAUGAGGAGAUGCACUGCAGUACUUAAUGCAGCUGGUGGUCACACCAGAUACUGACUGUUACAUUUUGACCCCCCCUUUGUUCAGGGACACAUUAUUCAAUUUCUGUUAGUCACAUGUCUGUGGAACUUGUUCAGUUUGUCUCAGUUGUUGAAUCUUGUUAUGGGCAUACAAAUAUUUACACAUGUUACGUUUGCUGAAAAUAAACGCAGUUGGCAGUGAGACGACAUUUCUUUUUAUGCUGAGUUUAUAUACUGUAUUCUAUACUAUCUAUUGCAUCUUAGUCUGGCACUGAUAAGGAUAAUGACAUUGCUCAUAUAUUUAUAUAUUCUUAUUCCAUUCCUUUACUUAUUAGAUUUGUGUGUAUUAGAUUUUCGUUGCGUAACUGUUAGAUAUUACUUGCUAGACAUUGCUGCACUGUCAGAACUAGAAGCACAAGCAUUUCACUACACUCAUAACAUCUGUUAACCAUGUGUAUGUGACCAAUACAUUUGAUUUGAUUUAGCAUCGAUCAUCAUGUCACCAAAAUAAGACCCUCGAUUUUAAUUGGAAAGGAGCAUCAAGAUCACCGUACACUUUCACAAUCCUGUGCGGUUCAUCAUAACUUAUUUAAUCUGUAGCCUAAUAAACUGUGUGCUCUCCCAAGUCGUAGUGGGAGGACCACACACCAUAUCAUCGCGUGACUCCCAAGUUUACGUCGAUAUGAUGGUUAUUUAAUUAAUAUUUGUGCAUAAAGGUGCUUCCACCAUCAUUUAUUGCCAAAUUAAUUUUACAGACACAAAAAGACCCUACCAUGUCGAACGAAUAAAUGAUCUGUCGGCAUUUAUACAAUUGUAUUGAACCUUCCUGUUUCCAUUCCAGCAGUUAUUUUUAUGCGGAAGGACUUUACUUGCGUAAAAACUGUGAAUUGAAACGUGGUUAAUGGCUUCUUCAUUCAUUUGGUAUUUUUUUUGCAAACUGUAAAGCCUAGAGGAUAACCUUGCUUGUCCCUAACUCCCUGGUAUGGAGGCCUUAGGGUAAAGACAGAAAGGCUAUAGGUAGGGCCUAAUCACGGAAUCCAGACAUUAAAAUGGAAUUCAACAAUAUUCCAAAAUGUAUUGAACUUAGUAGGAAAUCAAGUAAAUGUAUUGAACUUAUUAGAAAAUGCAUUAAUUUGCCCAAGUUAAUCAUAAGACAUGAACAAAAUGCAUGAGUGAUUCGUAUUUUCCUGCAGCUUUCUGAAACGGCACAGGAAUGCCCCUGUGUGUGCGUGUGUGAUGCUUGCGUAUGUCUAAACUUUGUGUUGCCGUUAGCGAUGAUGCUAAUGAUAACCAUCAUCUGGUAAUGAUGGAAAGGCUUUCCCAAUAACCUUGCUCAAUUAAAUGUUAACUUGGUUAUGGUUUCUGUUAAUGCAUUCAAUUUAUUAUUAUUAUUAUUAUUAUUAUUACAGUUUACCAUUCUCAUUGUCGGAAUGGACACAUUGUAUGCAGAGCGCAUAACUUAUGCUACACUUGUGAGAAAUAAGGUUUUGGUUUAUUGCAUUCCAUUUACGAGUUCUGUCAAUUUAUUCAUUGUCUUUUGUUUGGAGCGCUCCUGUCAAUAUUGAGUAAGGACGCGCACCUGAUUACGCAUAGAAGUAGACCUAGACUAAUUGGCCUGCAUGCAAAUGUAGGCCUAUACAUGUGCCCAUUUGGGGAUCUGAUAGUAUUUCUGAUUGUCUUAACUCACCACAACUAUUGAGCUGUGGAGCAUCUCAAAGUAAACAGUCUGGUUUUACAUCCAUUGACAAUAGUUCCUCAAUGUAGCCUAUUUGAAAAAUCUUUACAACUCAAUAACCACUCUGCAAAAAAUAAAAUAAUAAUAAUUCUCUGAUCCAGUGGAAACUUCAUAAAAUAGGCCUAACUGAUUACUUCUUAUUCCUUUCUCAAGUAGCCUACAGCUGUGUCUGUUCACAGGAAACUCUGAGGGCCCAGAAUAUUUUAUACAAUGUUGCUAGUUUGCUAGCACCCGGACCAAGUUGAUAGUUGAUACAAUGUUUCAAGUUCCUUGCAGACAGGCCUUGCGUAGCCAAUGUGAUUUAUAGGAUAUUUUCUACCUGCAGGCUGCAAUGUUUUUAUUUUAUUGGCUUUAUUUAGGAUAUUUUUACAUAGUUGGCGAUGGCAAUAGAAGUUACUUUUAGAUUUAUAACAUUUUCAUGCAAAUAGCCCGGGUAGCCAUGAUUAGGUGUCUUAUGGCUUGGGGGUAGAAGCUGUUGAGAAGUCUUUUGGACCUAGACUUGGCACUCCGGUACCGCUUGCCGUGCGGUAGCAGAGAGAACAGUCUAUGACUAGGGUGGCUGGAGUCUUUGACAAUUUUGAGGGCCUUCCUCUGACACCGCCUGGUAUAGAGGUCCUGGAUGGCAGGAAGCUAACUCUACCUACAUAUACAUAUUACCUCAUUUACCUUGACUAACUGGUGCCCCCGCACAUUGACUCGGUAUCGGUACCCUCUGUAUAGAGCCUCGCUAUUGAUAUUUUUACUGCUGCUCUUUAUUAUUUUUGACUUUUAUUUCGUAUUAUUUUAUAUUGUAUUAUUUUGUGUAAUUUUUUGUUUGUUGGUAUUCUUUCUUAAAACUGUUGUUUAAGGGCUUGUAAGUAAGCAUUUCACUGUAAGGUCUACACCUGUUGUAUUCGGCGCAUGUGACAAAUAACAUUUGAUUUGAUCGGUAGAAAUGGUAAGAUAAAUUGGCACUCGACAUGAAACAGGUUGCUGACCCCUGGUGAAGCCUACCGGCAAUUUCCGGAGCAUAAUGGCAGAAUCUGCGAAGGCCAGUAGGAGCGGGAGGAGGAUGGUCGAUUUGGGUACAGUUUUUUUUCUUCUGGUUAUCUUGAUCUCUGGCUCCCUCGUGAGUCAUUUGUGUCUUAAUUAUUUCAUCAAACAGUGCCCUUAAAGCAUCGCUCAGUGCAUAUAGUUGAUUUUAUUAAAACACAUAGGGUGUGUCUAUAUAUGGAAAAUACACGUAAAAUACAUUUGACCGAUUGAUUGAUUGAAAGAACAGAUGACUUUCGGUCGACCAAGAUUCUUUUUUUUUGUCGGGGACAGCCCUACGUUUGUAUAGUAAAUCACAUGAGUGCAACAGUAACUACACCCAAAAAUCUAAAUAAAAAACGAAAACCUGGAAAGACAAAACAGAGAGAACUGAAUUUUGGGGGAAAACGGAAUCAAUAAAACAGGUUUUAUAGGGCUCUAUAUAGGAAAGUGGCAGGACACUGAAAUAAAUCUAUGGUAACAUGGUUGAAGGAUCUGUUACCAUGCAAUAUAUAUGAAGAUAUGGCUAUUUGAAAUAGAAAUCCUUUCAUAAUCUGUAGGCUAGUAGCCUAUGUUUUGGCCUGACUAUUUUGCCAUCAGAGAAUCUCUAGAAUAGGCUCUUUGUUGGAAUGUCAGGUUGUUUCUCUCACAGACGUUGAUGAUGUUUACCAUGAACUUUGUGUGAACUGUUUGUAACAGGGGAUGGUUUAAAUGGCCUAGCAGUGAUUUCGGAUAUAUAUUCCAACACUCCAAAUAGACAUAAUUCAUAUGUUGUAAAUAGGUAAGUAAUGGUAUAAUUGUAGUCAGAGCAAUCACACUGUGAGCCUUGUGGCCAGACUCCCUUCAUCAUAAACAAUACAGGUCAAAUCCAGAACCACUGUUCAUUGUGUGAUGCACACUGCUCCACCCCAGCAGACAGUCACAAGACUGAACAGGGAGUGGCAGCAGCACAGCAGCUUGUAACUUUACUUUGGGCUUGUGGGUCAAGAUUCAUGUUUCAGAUGAAAACAAGCUAUGUUAUGAUGAAGAAGGAAGCACAAACAUGUUAAGUCAUCUAGAAUUUAGCGUAGGAAAUGCAACAAGCUAUUGUCAUUGUAAACCAAAAUAUACCAUAUACCAUAUUACUUUCAUUUCAAUAACAAGUAACGAUUUCACAAUCACCUCAUCUUUCAAAAGAGUCUCUGCUUCCUGUUUCCUCCAUUAACGGCCCACAUUUCCUUUCCUCCCCCCACCAGAUAACGUACUUCAGCCUAUGGUACUUCAACAAGCAGAACCAGCAGCGAUGGAUCGACCUGGAGAAGCCCCUGAAGAAGCAGCUAGACAAGUACGGCCUGGAGCCCACCGUCUACUUCGGAGUGGUCUUCUACGUGCCCACCGUGGGCCAGCUGCAGCAGGAGAUCACCAGGUCAGAUAUACGCUUAACACAGAGGGACACUAGACACUCAUUCAGGUUGCUUCUCAGGCCAAAAUGUUGUCUCAUUCAUGAAUUUCUUGGUUAACUCUAAGCCACAUAGUUCCCACCAUAUUGAUUUAAUCUAUCCAUUCCUAUUGGAUCAGUCAAAAGUAGUGAGUGAGGGGAGAAGGGAGUUUGGAAUGUAAUGCAUGUGUGUCCUACAUGACAGAGGAUUUGCCAUACUCGGUACUACCUUAUCAGAUAAUUCCUCUAUUGCCUAAGUAACUCCUUAGUAUCAUCUUAGUAACACUUACUGAACAUUGAGCAACUCAGUCCAGUAACCACUAUGGAUUUUUCUGUGUUGUCACCCACUACAGUAUGACAUCACAUCUCUCACUGACCGAUUGAAUGGAGGGGUCAAACUAAGUCAUGUUUGUCUUCUGUCCACACCUUGAGAGUAACCAACUUUCCUCUACCUCCCUACAGAUAUCAGUAUUAUCUCCAGUUGAAGAAGGAUGUUCUCGAAGGCAGAAUCCCUUGCUCCAUAGAACAGGCCAUCCGCCUGGCAGGCUUGGCAGUGCAAGGUAAUGUGAAUACUGAACACCGGCUCUGAAUGUGAUAAAGGGAAAUUAAACUCAGUACACACUAAUCUACUGAUAGGGUAACUGAGGAUCGCCACCUGUUCAAACUGUGGUGACAGGUCAGGUCCUGCCAUGCGUGGCCACAGCAAGUGUUUUGCACCACACUCACAAACUGUCAUGCUGUCAUGACCUGUUGUUGUAAAUUCCACAGCUCAUGCUUUAUUGAACCUAAAGCUGUUGAUGGUCCACCAAUGCAAAAGGAGUGAAGUCGUUAGAGUAUGGUCUCAAGGAUCAUUACUGAAUUUCAACUCGGGACUCGUCGGAAGUCUCAUGAUUUCAAAGCAUAGCUAGGGAAAUGUGAACUUUAAACUUGAAUAUUUUCAGUUGGUAUUCAAGAGAACAUUGUUGUUGUAUUGUACAAUUUAAGGCCUUUUUCUACUAUCCUAAGUAACCUUGUUUGUAUAAAAGCUGAGUCAAGCACUUUUAUUUAGGGUUUAUUGAGCUUUUCACAAGUCUGUUAAUGUAGGACACUUAACAAGCACCAUCAUGCCCAAACCAACCUAUAAACUGGCCAGGCCCAGGGAGUGUAAACUCCCUUUGCAUGAGUCUCCAGCUUGACAUUUCUGGACUCCCAAUUUUGCCCAGCCAGAAGAAUCUCAAACACUACUGGCAAAGUUAUAUCAGGCAGUGCAAGUUACUGGCCUAGGUGUUAACAUAGCACAGCAACUGAGAUCACUUACUGGUGCAACCCAGGUCCAAACUCUUACUUCUCAAUCUGCAUAGCAAGCUAGAACAAAAUAGCAUCUCAGUAAUACUGAAAGCUUUAAGAAACCUCAAGUAUUUGCUGACUUAAAAAAAGCCCUUCUAAGUUUGCUUUUGGUUUUUGCUUGGAAGAUGUUGGACAUUGUCUAUUUUUACCUAGCUGCUGAGGUUAGGGCUUGUGGGGGCUUGGCCUGUAGGGCCGUAGCUAGCAUGGAUAAUGCCUGGGAUACUGAACAUAGCUGUGAACAUAGCUGGCGUGCAGACAGAGAUUGCUGUUAACGUUGGACCACUAUGAUUUCAGACGUUAAAGCAAUCCUGUGCCAUAACACACGGGUCCCCUGCUUUUCUAAAAUAAGCAUCACGCCAUUCUGAAAAUCCAUGGAUGCUUUCAGUCUGCCUCACACUAACUGCAGAAAUAGCCACAUUACAGACUUUAACUAUUGAAAUAAACGUUUUUUAAGUCAGGUUUUCACAUGUAUUCACUGCUAGGAAAAAUAUUACUGUACUGUUAUUUACAUGUAUUCAUCAUGUGUACAAAAAUUAAGAUUGUAUUUGAUUAUUUUCUGUGUUUCAGCUGACUUUGGAGACUUCAAUCGUUACGAUUCGCAGGAGUUUCUUCAGAAGUUUGUGCUCUUUCCUAUCGUAAGCAGUUUCUUUCUUUUCUCAAUGACUUUGCAUCUCAAAGUUCUUGUUUUACAUCCUAUAGUCAUCUGUUCAUGAAUGUGCACAAUGUAAUAUAGGUUUCCCCAUCUCUUCAUAGGGCUGGAUCCAGGAUGAGCGAGUACUGGAAGAGGCCACUCAAAAAGUGGCUCUGCUUUACCAGAACUACAGGUGAGAAAUCUUCAGAUGUUCCUCCAUCAGAUUUUCCAUCUGUGGAAAAGAAGACAUGCCUUUCAUUCUCCACAGGAACCCCCCUUCACAUCUCCUGAGGCUGACAUACUCAGUGCCUUUUAAUUGAGUCCAGGUUCGAUCCAUGCAGUGGGCCAGUCCAUGGUGCUUCUAUCUCAUCUGGCCUCAGUUAGCAGGCCGAAAAUAAACCCAUCUGACCAGGGGUCCUCAGCUGUAAUUUACAGUCGGGCAGCUGGAUGAAAAACCCAGAGCCGGGGCCGGCCUGGCACCAAGCCUCCUCACUCCUCCAGUCCAAGGCCAGCUGGUUUUCAUCCCCCCCAUCCGUCCAUCCCAACCUGCAGGUUUCCAGCCUUCUGCUCAUCCCUGAUAUGAUCUGGAUAGAUAGAUAGCUGGAAAGAGUUGUUAAGAUAAAGCCCAGAUAACAUCCCUGGGAAUAGUUGUCAUACUUUGGGCCCCAGCUACAGGGGAGGGAGGUGUCAGGUUGGGGUGGGUUCUGUAGGUGAGGUGAGGACUUGAUGCUUGCCUCGAUGUUGGUGUGUAUGAAAUGGUUUCACUGCUUUGUGUGUGUCAAACGAAGUGCAGUGACACAGAUGAACAGAAGAUGGAGGUGAUGGGGGAUAGCACAUAGCAGCAGCUAAUCAUGUUGGUGGUUGAACUAGACUGACACUAUUUCAGUUUGUUGAGAUAAGGGUUGUCAGGGCUCCAGACUGCGACCAUUUAGUUGCAUUUUGCUUCCCUUUGACUUGGCUGUGCGAGUAAAUGUUUUAAUUGGGUCGCAUGGGUGUGAGCUGCACAUUCUACAUUAGUAUUUGGAUUUAUUAUGCAUCCCCAUUAUUUCCUGCCAAGGCAGCAGCUUCUCUUCCUGGGGUCCAGCAAAAUUAAGGCAGUUAUGCAAUUUUUAAAAUAUUAAAAUACAUUUCACAACACAUUAAGUGUGUGCCCUCGGGCCACUACUCUACUACCACAUACAGACAUUUACAUUUACAUUUUAGUCAUUUAGCAGACGCUCUUAUCCAGAGCGACUUACAGGAGCAAUUAGGGUUAAGUGCCUCGCUUAAGGGCACUUCGACAGAUUUUUCACCUAGUCAGCUUGGGGAUUAGAACCAGCGACCUUUCGGUUACUGGCACAACGCUCUUACCCACUAAGCUACUGCCGCCCCCAGUAUCUACAACACAAAAUCAAUGUGUACAUGUGUGUAUAGUGCGUAUGUUAUCGUGUGUGUAUGCAUGCGACUGUCUGUGUGGGUGUCUCUUCACAGUCCCCGCUGUUCCAUAAGGUGUCUUUUUAUCUGUUUUUGCAUGGGUGUCCGAGCUAUGUGCUAGUAGUUUAAACAGACAGCUCGAUGCAAUCAACGUCAAUACUUCUCAUAAGUACAAGUAGUGAUGAAGUCGAUCUCUCCUUUACUUUGAGCCAGGAGAGAUUGACAUGUUAGCUCUCCGUGUAUAUUUAAGUGCCAGACGUGCUGCCCUGUUCUGGGCCAAUUGUCAUUUUCUUAAGUCCAUCUUUGUGGCUCCUGAUCAUAAGCCUGGACAGUAGUCGAGGUGUGACAAAACUAGGGCUUGUAGGACCUGCCUUGUUGAUAGAGUUGUUAAGAAGGAAGAACAGUGCUUUAUUAUGGACAAACCUCUCCCCAUUUUAGCUACUGUUGCAUCAAUAUGUUUUGACAAUGACAGUCCUCAACUUGCUCAAUUUCCACAUUAUUCAUUACAAUAUUUAGUUGAGGUUUAAGGUUUAGUGAAUAAUUUGUCCCAAAUACAAUGCUUUUAGUUUUUGAAAUAUUUAGGAUUAAUUUAUUGAUAAUCUCACUCCGAACUUCCUACUUUUUCAGGAGGCUGUCUGAGUGGACUGAUCCAUUGUGGAGGCUGUGGGGAUGGCACAGUCCAUCAGUCUAAGACGUGCCACUGAAAUUGUAUAAGGUUAUAUUAUGUAAGAACAAUGGUGCAACACAAAUAAAAAUAAUAUUAUUUUAUAACAAAUGCACUUUCUCCCGUGUUGGAUAGUGGUCGUUGUCCGCGGUUUUGAAACACAUUAGUGCGCUGUUGAAUUGGCACCUUUUCCUAGACCAUGUUGCUAUGUGCAUAAUAACAAAGUUAACCAGCAUAUUGGUGUUGAGAACAAUGCAGUGGAGUUAGGAGAAAAGAUAACAGCCCUUACCUUAAUUGUCUAAGAAAGGUGAGGAGAGAGGAAACCCCAACUUAAUUAGGUCUAUAAUCAAUAGCCUAACUGUUAAAUGUGCCUGGCUUUAUAAAUCAUCCAUAUACAGUACCAGUCAAAAGUUUGGACACAUCUACUCAUUCAAGGGUUUUUCUUUAUUUGUACUAUUUUCUACAUUGUAGAAUAAUAGUGAAGACAUCAAAACUAUGAAAUAACACAUUGAAUCAUGUAGUAACCAAAGAAGUGUUAAAUCAAAAUAUAUUUUAUAUUUGAGAUUCUUCAAAGUAGCCACCCUUUGCCUUGAUGACAGCUUUGCACACACUUGGCAUUCUCUCUACCAGCUUCAUGAGGUAGUCACCUGGAAUGCAUUUCAAUUAACAGGUGUGCCUUGUUAAAAGUUAAUUUGUUUAAUUUCUUUCCUUAAUGCGUUUGAGCCAAUCAGUUGUAUUGUGACAAGGUAGGGGUGGUAUACAGAAGACAGCCCUAUUUGGUGAAAAACCAAGUCCAUAUUAUGGCAAGAAUAGCUCAAAUAAGCAGAGAAACGACAGUCCAUCAUUACUUUAAGACAUGAAGGUCAGUCAGUCCGGAAAAUGUCAAGAACUUUGAAAGUUUAUUCAAAUGCAGUCGCAAAAACUAUCAAGCACUAUGAUGAAACUGGCUCUCAUGAGGACCACCACAGGAAAGGAAAACCCAGAGUUACAUCUGCUGCAGAGGAUAAGUUCAUUAGAAUACCUGCACCUCAGAUUGCAGCCCAAAUAAAUGCUUAACAGAGUUCAAGUAACAGACAUCUCAACAUCAACUGUUCAGAGGAGACUGCGUGAAUCAGGCCUUCAUGGUCGAAUUGCUGCAAAGAAACCACUACUAAAGGACACCAAUAAUAAGAAGAGACUUGCUUGGGCCAAGAAACACAAGCAAUGGACAUUAGACCGGUGGAAAUCUGUCCUUUGGUCUGAUGAGUCCAAAUGUGAGAUUUUUGGUUCCAACCGCCGUGUCUUUGUGAGACGCUGAGUAGGUGAACGGAUGAUCUCCGCAUGUGUGGAUCCCACCGUGGAACAUGGAGGAGGUGGUGUGGGGGUGCUUUGCUGGUGACACUGUCAGUGAUUUAUUUUGAAUUCAAGGCACACUUAACCAGCAUGGCUACCACAGCAUUCUGCAGCGAUACGCCAUCCCAUCUGGUUGGCGCUUUGUGGGACUAUCAUUUGUUUUUCAACAGAACAAUGACCCAAAACACACCUCCAGGCUGUGUAAGGGCUGUUUGACCAAGAAGGAGAGUGAUGGAGUCCUGCAUCAGAUGACCUGGCCUCCACAAUCACCCAACCUCAACCCAAUUGAGAUGGUUUGGGAUGAGUUGGACCACAGAGUGAAGGAAAAGCAGCCAACAAGUGCUCAGCAUAUGUGGGAACUCCUUCAAGACAGUUGGAAAAGCAUUCCUGGUGAAGCUGGUUGAGAGAAUGCCAAGAGUGUGCAAAGCUGUCAUCAAGGCAAAGGGUGGCUAUUUGAAGAAUCUCAAAUAUAAAAUAUAUUUGGAUUUGUUUAACACUUUUUUGGUUACUACAUGAUUCCAUAUGUGUUAUUUCAUAGUUUUGAUGUCUUCACUAUUAUUCUACAAUGUAGAAAAUAGUAAAAAAUAAAGAAAAACCCUUGAAUGAGUAGGUGUCCUAAAACUUUCGACCAGUAGUGUAUAUAUUUGUUUAUCUCAAAAUGUUGCUCUAUCGCAAGAUAUUUGAUAUGGCUUUGGGAUAUGGCACACGAGAAAUGUGCAUCAGCCAUUGCAAGUGCAUGGGACUCCAUUGAGUAGUAGGCUACCACAACAACGUUGUUUUUAAUACAUGGCUACCAGCAGUGGGUAUUAUGUUUAGAGUUAGAGGUCUAGCUAAAAGACAGGGUUAAGCUAUGGGCCCACUGUGCCACCAUCAUGAAACAUUGGACACAUUGCCCUAAGACGAGUUACUUCUGCACUGUUUACCACACUUGCCAAAUAUCAGAUCUCAAAAUCAAACUGAUCAUGCGUUAAAAUAUGCUUUUGAUGUAUUUUGUACCAUUUUCAAUUAUGUGUACUACUUUAAAAAGUAUUCUUCUACAGCACCGCUGGACUGAUCGGCACCAAAUUUCAUAUAUAGUAUCUAUAGAUGCACAUCUUCAAACUCAAUAUUUUUCAAGACUCUCGCUCAAACAUUAUGCUCGCUAUUAGCCAAUGAUCUUGCAUGAAUGAUUGUUCCUGUCCAACAGCACCACCAUGCGGCUAAACUGAACCAUACUUAACAGGUUAACUAUAGUCAUAUCCCUGAGUAUGUGUGCCAAAUUUCAUCACUCGGAGUCAAACCGAUCAACAGUAUAAACAUGUGCCCAUUAUAGCGCUACUGUGUGGUCGAGCUGAAUGUGCUUAGAUAUCUUGAGUCUUGACAGUGUUUGUUACAAUGCAAAUAUCUGUGUCGGAGUUAAAUGCAUUUGUGCCAGACCACGCCCACAUUAUUGUUUAUUGGUCAGUAGCGGCCAUGUUGUUUGAGAUGCUAUCCUGGGAAAACCUAAUUUGUGAGCGCUUGCUCCAUAGAUGCCAUGUUUUGUGCCAGAGAAGUAGUGUUUUAAGUAAGUGUUUUUCACAAAAAUCUAAAUGGUGGAAAAGCCAUCAUGGCGGACAUCAUGGGUCCUUGAGGCACAUUUGUUCCUUGUGAGGAGAGGGACCUAUAUACCGAAUUUCAGGACUCUAGCUCAAACGGGGUGAGGGCUGUGAGAUUUAAAAGUGUGCAUAUUCAAUCGCUUGUUAUAGCGCGACCAUGUGGCCAUUUGGCAUGGCAUUGCAUUGCAUGAUAGGAUGUGGCCCUUGCUCCUUUACCAUCAUGCAAAGUUGCAACCUCCUAGGCUUUACCAUCUCACGGAAAUUUGCAUUUUUUUCACAAAUCGGCAGAUGAAGGGAAAAUUAUAAUCAACGGCAACAAAUACAAUAGGGUUUCACCAGCUUUGCUGCUGAACCCUUACAAAUUCUGGUGCCCUAUUUUAACAGUAAAAUAUAACGAUAACCUAAUUAUCAGCCCAACAUUCAUGACAAUGCAUUAUUCCUGCAUAGACAUGUUAGAUGAAACAACUUAUUUCUUGAAUACCAUCUCAUGAUCUCAGACAGUAGUCUAGUACACCUUUUUAAUGAAGCACUUUGAAUGACUUUAUAAGAUGAUGGUCCUCUGUAGCUCAAUUGGUAGAGCAUGGCGCUUGUAACGCCAGGGUAGUGGGUUCGAACCCCGGGACCACCCAUACGUAAAAAUGUAUGCACACUUGACUGGAAGUAGCUUUGGAUAAAAGCGUCUGCUAAAUGGCUUAUUAUUAUUAUGAUUAUUAUGAUUAUUAUUAUUAUUCCUUAUUUCUUCUAUUGUGUUACGGCGCCAAAAUCAUGGGCUGGUGCUACCAGGGGAAAAUGUUUGUCUGGAGCCCUGGGUGUGAUGAUGUCAUGAAUCCUGUUUCGGAAUGUGACCAAAGUAUGUGUGGGUGUGUCUGUGUACUCUCUAUCUAUGCUGGUUAAUGGAUGUUGGUGUCUCCAUGUGUCUGUUUGUCUGCUUUGGACAUGUGUAUUGUUUAUGUUAACUCACAUUGCCAUAUAUAUGUGUGUGUUUCUCUCAGGGGGUUGCCUGCCCCAGAGGCAGAGAUGUUGUACAUGCAGGAGGUGGAGAAGAUGGAGGGCUAUGGCCAGGAGAGUACCCCAGCCAAGGUGAACACAGCUACACCAACCUACAGUACCUGCUCCACCAAAGCCUUACUGCACACUGCACUACUACAUUGCUAUCCAGUCCUAUUGACUUUCUGUCAAUACCUCUAUUUGUCAAUAUUAUGUAUGUGUGAAGGCAUUAAUUAAGGGACAGAUGGUUUUUUAGUUCAAAAUGCAGCAGAUGCAGGUGCUGAUCUCCCAGAAUAUAUUCAUAGAAGGAUAAAUGUAGGCUGCCCAUCACACACAGAACAAAAAAACAAAUUAGCUAUAGUUCUUCCUUUUAAUCCUGUUCUCUCUUCCCAUCCCCACAGGACAGCCAAGGCACUGAUAUCCUCCUUGGGGCCUGUCUGGACGGCAUCUUUGUCAAGCACAAAAACGGCAGGCCACCCCUCGUAUUCAAGUAAGACUGGAAAUAAUGUAUUUUUAUUUUUUGAAUAUACAUUUUUUACAGUAAUAACCCAGGCCUGCAAUAUGUUCUGCUUCUAAAUAUGAGCUGUCUGAAUAAAAGCCUGUCUGCUAUUUGUGUACCUGAAACAGUAAUUGUGUUAUAUCCAAUGACUCAGCAUAUUGAGUCUGGUUCAGUCCACAGCUAGCUACUAUUCUAAGAUGGCAUGGUCGUCUGUCUAUUUUGGAUCUGAUGGGAUGUUUAUAUAGUUGCGGACAGUAGUUUUUCCUGACCAUGUGACCUGGCAAGGAGAAACUCUAGGCCUCAGAUCAGGUCUCCUUCAAUUUACUAAAUUGUGUAGAAUAUCACUGUCUAAAUGCUACUAAGAGUGUUGAAUGUAGACACUUCUCUAACUAUUGACUCAGAUAUGGUUUCUGUUAACGUCACUCGCCUCCCACAGCAGGCUGCAGAAAUUGAGGUUUUGUGACCACUGACACUGCCUCUGCCUCAUGCUCUCGCCCCCCUAUGUUUUAAUGUUCUGUGUAGGUGGAAUGAAAUUAACAACAUGACUCACAAUAAGUCCUUCUUUGCCCUGGAGCUGACCAACAAAGAGGAGAGCGUGCAGUUCCAGACCGUGAGUCUCAAACCACCAUCACCACACACCGCAAUUAUCCUCUUCCCAUUAUACACAUUGUCCCACACAUACACUGGAGUACUAUGCUCACACAGUGCAUGCUGUGUGAAUGUGUAUUGACCUUUCUAGAUAAACGUGUUCUUGUGUAUGUGUGCUGUAUGGCGGUAACUAAGCCACAGGCGUAUAGGGUCAACAACCGCUGGCUAAAGCCCCAUGCAGUUGUAUUUGGGUUGGUGAAUGAGUAGAACACCACCACCACCAGUCCAGUGUAUUGAAUGUCUAACGCUGUGAAUGUUUUCUUUGCCUUCUACAGGAAGACUUGGAAACCUCCAAAUAUGUGUGCCGGAUGUGUCUGGCCAGGCACAAGUUUUAUAAGAUUAACAAGAGCAGCCUGUAAGUGUCUCUCUUAACGAUUCUAGCCCUGUUCCUGUGUGCGUCUGCUCUCCUCACUGCUGUCCCCUCUUCUCCUCUCUCCAGAGAGGAGUCUGACCCCCCUUCGCCUUCUGAGGGCUCCCAGAAGUCCAUUCUCACUCUUUCCUUUCCUCGCUUUCCUUUUCUGCCUUCUAACAAGGGGUGAGCAACGCUGUCCGCAGCCACCCGCCUACAGUACAGGUCUCCUCAGAGAGCCAACACCCUCCCCUAAAACCAACCAGAGCCCUACAAAACACCCUAGCUACAUUUAAAUGACACCAAUCCCCUCGUCACCACCUUUUUAUGUUUUGGGUGUUUGGGCGAAGAAAGAUGAUGUAUACAAAAAAAAUCUUACUAAAAGGAGUUCUCUCCUGGAUAUUGCUCUCAUCUUUCACUGCGAUAAAGGGAUAUUUAAUUUAACAGAGAAGAGCCUCCCUAAAACCACUUCCCUGAGUCCCUUUCAACUUGAAAGAAAGCCUUUUUGUUUUUACUACCUGUUUGUUUCGUUUUUAUGUUCCUGUUCUCAGCCAAACCCAGCCUACCGCUGUGAACCCAGUGAGACGGCGAUCCUCCACCAGGAUGUCUCUGGUACGCUGCCAGUGAACACACACACACACAAAAAAAACACGAUUUCUGUCUCAAACACACACAGUUUCCCUCUAAGCUAUGGCCUGUGGAAUGCAGCACAUGACAAACGUCACAGACCCUGGCCAGUGCUUCAGCACACUAUUACAUUUGUGUGGACAGUGCCUUGCAAAAGUAUUCAUCCCCCUUGGCGUUUUUUCCUAUUUUGUUGUGUUACAACCUGUAAUUUAAAUGGAUUUUAUUUGGAUUUCAUGUACUGGACAUACACAAAAUAGUCCAAAUUGGUGAAGUGAAAGGAAAAAAAUGACUUGUUUCAAAAAUCAAAAAUAAUAACGGAAAAGUGGUGCGUGCAUAUGUAUUCACUAUGAAGCCCCUAAAUAAGAUCUGGUUCAACCAAUUACCUUCAGAAGUCACAUAAUUAGUUAAAUAAAGUCCACCUGUGUGCAAUCUAAGUGUCACAUGAUCUGUCACAUGAUCUCAGUAUUUAUACACCUGUUCUGAAAGGCCCCAGAGUCUGCAACACCACUAAGCAAGGGGCACCACCAAGCAAGCGGCACCAUGAAGACCAAGGAGCUCUCCAAACAGGUCAGGGACAAAGUUGUGGAGAAGUACAGAUCAGGGUUGGGUUAUAAAAAAAUAUCCGAAACUUUGAACAUCCCACGGAGCACCAUUAAAUCCAUUAUUAAAAAAUGGAAAGAAUAUGGCACCACAACAAACCUGCCAAGAGUGGGCCGCCCACCAAAACUCAAGGACCAGGCAAGGAGGGCAUUAAUCAGAGAGGCAACAAAGAGACCAAAGAUAACCCUGAAGGAGCUGCAAAGCUCCACAGCGGAGAUUGGAGUAUCUGUCCAUAGGACCACUUUAAGCCAUACACUCCACAGAGCUGGGCUUUAUGAAAGAGUGGCCAGAAAAAAGCCAUUGCUUAAAGAAAAAAAUAAGGAAACACGUUUGGUGUUCGCCAAAAGGCAUGUGGGAGACUCCCCAAACAUAUGGAAGAAGGUACUCUGGUCAGAUGAGACUAAAAUUGAGCUUUUUGGCCAUCAAGAAAACCCAACACCUCUCAUCACCCGAGAACACCAUCCCCACAGUGAAGCAGGUGGUGGCAGCAUCAUGCUGUGGGAUGUUUUUCAUCGGCAGGGACUGGGAAACUGGUCAGAAUUGAAGGAAUGAUGGAUGGCGCUAAAUACAGGGAAAUUCUUGAGGGAAACCUGUUUCAGUCUUCCAGAGAUUUGAGACUGGGACGGAGGUUCACCUUCCAGCAGGACAAUGACCCUAAGCAUUCUCCUAAAGCAACACUCGAGUGGUUUAAGGGGAGACAUUUAAAUGUCUUGGAAUGGCCUAGUCAAAGCCCAGACCUCAUUCCAAUUGAGAAUCUGUGGUAUGACUUAAAGAUUGCUGUACACCAGCGGAACCAAUCCAACUUGAAGGAGCUGGAGCAGUUUUGCGUUGAAGAAUGGGCAAAAAUCCCAGUGGCUAGAUGUGCCAAGCUUAUAGAGACAUACCCCAAGAGACUUGCAGCUGUAAUUGCUGCAAAAAUGUGGCUCUCCAAAGUAUUGACUUUGGGGGGGUGAAUAGUUAUGCAAGCUCAAGUUCAGUUUUUUUGUCUUAUUUCUUGUUUGUUUCACAAUAACAAAUAAUUUGCAUCUUCAAAUUGGUAUGCAUGUUGUGUGAAUCAAAUUAUACAAACCCCCAAAAAUCAAUUUUAAUUCCAGGGUGUAAGGCAACAAAAUAGGAAAAAUGCCAAGGGGGUGAAUACUUUCGCAAGCCACUAAUUCCAUGCUGUUGGGCUGCGUGAAGAUCAUGUGUGCCUUAACUAAAUCGUGUUGUUGGUUGAUCUCUCUCUGUGCAGCCAAAGUCCCCGCCCUACAUGUUGCCCCCGCCACAGAUGCACUACAAUGGCCACUUCACUGAGCCUUACACAUCUUCACAAGGUACUUAUAAAGUUAGGCCUGACCUUACCAUGAUCACUGGUGUUUCAUCUCUAUUUUUAACCACCAUCAUGCACCAUGUAUCUAUCUGAGCCCUGUUAAUGAACAAAGAGAUGAAGGUGAAUGUCCGCUCACUGUUUAAUCAUGCUUAGUCAUGCAACAAUGCUUAGAUUAAAGGGUUAUUUUAAUGGGUAUGUCCUUCCUAUGACUGUAGUUCUAACAAGACCUUUGUCUUAUCUUUGUUCUAUCUCUCAGACAACCUGUACAUGAACAGUCAGAAUGGCUACUACUACCACUCCCAGACCAGCCUGGACCGCUCACCACUCGAGUACGGCAACAGCGGCGGUGGGAACGGGCGGCUGCGUAACGGCAGCGUGUACAGUGCCCACAGCACCAGCUCCCUCACCAACCCCCAGCACUACAUGCAGCCCUCGCCCAUGUCCUCCAACCCCUCCAUCACAGGAAGUGACAUCACCCGGCCCGACUAUGUGCCCUCGCACCGCCACAGUGCCCUCAUCCCCCCCUCCUACCGCGCCACCCCGGACUACGAGACGGUCAUGAGGCAGAAGAACCGGGGAGGUGGAGGGGGGAUGGUGCAUGCCUACGAGCACCGCCAGAGCCACUCCAUGAGGAACCUGAACAUUGGGAACUCGUACGCCUACAGCAGGCCGGACCCCCUGGUCUACAGCCAGCCAGAGAUCAGAGGAGAGCAUGGUGGAGGAGGAGCGCACCACCACUACCCCUUCCAUCUCAACUCUAGCUUCCACAGCCCCUCCCCGUACCCCUACCCCACGGAGAGGAGGCCGGUGGUGGGGGCGGUCAGUGUGCCCGAGCUGACAAACGUCCAGCUGCAGCAGGCGCAGGAGUACCCUGCGGCCAAUAUCAUGAGGACCCAAGUGUACCGCCCUCCACCCCCCUACCCAUACGGGGCCCACCCACGUCCCGCCAACAGCACGCCAGACCUUUCUCGCCACCUGUACGUGAGCAGCAGCAACCCGGACCUGAUCAUCACACGGCGCGUGCACCACUCAGUCCAGACCUUCCAGGAGGACAGUUUGCCUGUAGCCCACUCCCUGCAGGAGGUAUCCGAGCCCCUGUUCCUGGCUGGACCCCCACAACACCACCCUCACCAGCACAACGCACACAAACGCAACUCCAUCGAGAUUGCAGGCCUGGCCUACAGCCUGGAGGGUAUGAGGGUCAAGGAAAGGACUGUAUCUGCCUCAGCCACAGACGCCCCGCAUGGUCCCUCCUCAGGCUCCCAGCUCAACGUGUUCCUGGAGCGGACCAAGUCAGAGGACGGGGGGGAGGGGAAGGAGGACGUUCGCUACGGCCACAAGAAGUCCCUGUCAGACGCCACCAUGCUGGUGCACAGCAGCGAGGAAGAGGAGUUUGAGGACGAGAGCGGACGCCACACCCCCCAAUCCGACGAUGCACUAUUGUCCGGGCCUGACUCGCAGCAGCUUCUAACCAAUCUGGGCCAGAUUCCCCUGGAGCCCCCGCCCGCAUAUCCCAUUGGCUCCUCCCUUGACCCUGCCUUGUCUGACCUUCAAGCCUAUCAGGUGCACCCACUGAUCCAGGAGGCGGAGUCGCUGUACCUGUUUGAGGGUGGGCAGACUGGCAGGAUUGUGCCCUCGAUGUCGGACAGUGACAUCAGUGGGCAGAACAAACAGAAGGCCAAGAAGGAUUUCAUCAAGAAGAGGCCUGUGUCAGACGUUCCUGCUGGGAAGAAACCCAUUGAUGGCCUGCCUCCUGCCGUGAGUCUUACAACCUCUCCUCCGCCAUAGUAGCCUAUGUCCCACCAUAGUAGCCCCAGUCUCCACUGCCUUACUCGCUGCCCAAACAUGUCUGUGUUUUUAGCAUCAUUUUAAAAAAAGUACAUUUGACUACUAAGUUUGACUAGAGGUGUCAGUGUCUCUUUCAUUGUUCAAGGAACAGCUGUUGCCCAAUCUUCAUGUCUUGGAGAUUAUUUUUAAUUUCUCUGUCAGUUAAGAUAAGCUUUUCCUCUUAGCUAAGAUGUCUGACAUUUGAAUGAAUAUAUCAUUCACAUCACGAAGUGUCACACAACACAAUAGUGGAAUAUCCCGAAGGCCAGAAGUGGCCAAUGUUCAUUUCAACCAAUAACAAACUCUAUAUGUUGGUCAGGUGACUAAACCUGUGACAUCACAAUCACUCCUAAACUCACUGACCCACCAAUGCAGGGGUAUUCUGGGUAGUUUCAUGGUAGUUGGGAGACCAAUUCACAAUGACACCUUGUCCACCUGUAGCUGAAAGGAAUGUUGCAAGGCGACCUCAGUAGCUAGUUCGGCGGCAUUCCAUAGGAAAACACGUCACCCAACCAGGCUGUGCCGUAACUGUCCCUCCCCGAACUUCCUCAGACAUUCCAUCAACUUCAGCCACACUCACACUUUUUCUCUCCCUUCUACCUCUCUCUCUGUCCUCCGUCACAACAGGGCAUGAAGAAGCGGGCUGAGCUGAAGAAGAUGGGUCCUUUGAAGGUGGCGGCCCUCAAUGGCCUGACCCUGUCUAGGCUGCCCCUGCACGAGGGGGGCAAGGACGAACCUGAGAAGGCCUCCAACGACGAGAGGGUAGGAACUUGCAGUGGGCAAUGUUGUAGACUGGUGUUGUCCCUUUAAAGGCGCCCACCAGAGGACAAUUUCGGCGUAAUUCCGUGGGGGGGGGGGGGGGGGGGGGGGGCGGAAACAUUGUGGUGAUUUCCACGUUGAGUGGAGAAACAUCAACAGAUAGGGAGCUGACAGCUGUCAGUGUAGCUAGCUAGUAUGCUAACCUUGACUAGCUAUCUUGCUAACCUUAUUUAGCUAGCUAAUGUUAUUUGUUGUUGCCAUUUAUUUUUUGCUAUACCAUAUUCAAAAGAUUAGCCAGCUGGCUAGGCUGGUUCUGGAGCUGGAUUUGUCAUAAGCAUUUAGGGAAAACUUAGCUACAGAUGGAAACCAAUAUUUUUGACUUUGCCAUCUAUUGUUAUCUUCAAUAAGAGCCAUGCAUUUUUCUACAUUGUAAUGGACACGGUGCAACCUUUGGUAGGUAGGCUGCUGGCAGGCUUCGGCUGCGGUACUGCAAAGCCAAGUCAGCCCGUGCUCAUGGUGCUCACAGAAGUGGAAUGAUAGGCUACAACAGUGGUCACCAACCGGUCGAUCUCCAAGGCAUUCCUAGUCAAUCGGCAAACAUCUCUGUAAAAAACUGAACCAUUAGCUUUGCGUUCUUGUUUUUAUUUAUUUGUCUUGCGCUGUUGGCGGUAGGUGCACCCGAUUCAGCUGCCCUGCGCGCCGUGUAGGCGAAGUCUUCCCAUUUCAUGUGUCUGAAGGUACAAACUCUGCCUUCCCGGCGGGCCUGGAGAGCAAAUCAAGUGUACUAUACGUCUACCGCUGGCCAAUCGGAUGGCUCAGAUUACAGUGUCUGCAGUAGCAUAGCAGGCGUAAAAGAAAGCUAAAGCAUAGUUGACUAGAGAGAAACUGACAACGAAUACAGCAAAGAGCUGCUGUUUUUAUGAGUGAGUUCACAUUUAAGUUCUUCUCAGCACUGUCAACACUUUUUAUUCAACAGUUUUAUAAGCCAUAAAAUGUGUGUUCCUCCUUCUACCACUGGCGCUACAACCAGCACUGCAGCUGUAAUGAAUGAGUAGUAAAGUGGAUCGAUAGACUUCCAUUAUUAUAAGCGGCUUAUGUAUUUUUUUAUAUCUAGAAAUAUUUAACGUUCUCUGUUCAUAGGAGUAAAACAUGAAUUUGUGCAUGAGGCAGAAAUAAUGCGGUGCGACUCGUUUCACUAUCAGCUGGAAGACGGUGUCCCUUUUUGGUCAGUGUCAGUGGAGGAAAGGGAGAGCAGAGGGAUGUUGAGAGGCGGACCCCCAGUCUGCUGCUCUCUCCCUCCACUGAGACUGACCAUCAGAUGCAGGCACCAUCAGACCAGUACAAUAAAAAGCUAAUUAUUUAAAUUUUUGCUCACUCAGCUGUGCCUCAAGUAAUACAAAAACUGAUAUAUUACCAGUGUGAUCAUAUAGCCUACCUCCAAUUUUUUGAAAUAUAAUUGUUUUAAAUGGUCUGAACAACAGUGCAUUGGCAGGGCAAUUCAAGCAUAGCCAAUAUGCAGUGAUAAUGUAUUGGGCCUAUAGCCUACUGCACAAACCACAUUGCUACAGUACUGUUUUAAUAGGUUAAUGUUGCAUAGGCUUACGUUUUUUAAGUCAUGUUAAAAAUAAAUCUUCUGAGCGGUAGAUCUCGGCUUACAUUUUGACACACAAAGUGAUCUUGACUCAAAAGGUUGGUGACCACUGGGCUACAAUGACUUUGCUCAUGAUGCACAUUGCAAAUUAUAUGUAACACCCUGAGCGCAUCAGACAAAUAUAACAUCAGUACAACAAAAUAGAUAAGUUCCUUGAAUUUUCUUUUGCGGGUGCCUUUUCAUUAAAGGAUAGACACUUGUGGUUUAGCUGCACCAAUUUAAAGCAGUGAAGCGUGUAGUGAAGCAAGACUUUAGUGGUCAAAGCCAUUCAGCUUGGGGCGACGGGGGGAACAGGGUUGCAAAAUGCAAUCAUAUCAAGCAAUUAUCAUACCAUUUAUAAAAUAGUAAUGUGUACAAAACAUUAGGAACACCUUCCUCAUAUUGCGUUGCACCCCCUUUUGCCCUCAGAACAGCCUUAAUUUGUCUGGGCAUGGAAUCAACAAGGUGUCAAAAGCAUUGCAGUUCUUGACACCUACUACCAUACCCCGUUCAAAGGCACUUAAAUAUUUUGUCUUGCCCAUUCACACGCUGAAUAGCACACAUACACAAUCCAUAUCUUAAUUGUUUCAAGGCUUUAAAAUCCUUCUUUAACCAUACUCCUCCCCUUCAUCUACACUGAUUUGAAGUGCAUUUAACAGGUGACAUCAAUAAGGGAUCAUAGCUUUCACCUGGUCAGUCUGUCAUGAAAAAGCUGGUGUUCCUAAUGUUUUGUACACUGUGUCUAUAUAUAUUGUUAAUACAGACUAGCUCAGAAAUAAGUGAAAAUGACACAUUUUCACCCCCUAUUUUGCUCCAUGGCUCAGGCGGCCAAGUGUAGGCUAAGGUGAAAAGCUGUUUGGCUCAGUCGCGACUCUGAACUUUGUAGGUGUUUCUGAUUAAUAAACAAUGCCAUGCUUAUGGGUGGUAACGUUCAAAUAAAACCCAGCCCUGAAAAGAAACAGACAUGGCUCCUCACUGCUCCACAUUUGCAUAGUUUAGUUAGGAUGUGUAAGGGGUUUUGAUUACCAGAUUAUCAAGCAGGCAGAGUAAAUGUUGUCUAAAAUAAUUGCUGUUGGGUGUUUUCUAACAUCUAUUGUACAUCCAGGUCACCUGUAUUCAAAGGGGUGUGUUUUACAUCAUGCAUUAUAUAAGACUUUGUUUAUGGAGAUCCAAAGAGUACAGUAGUUUAAACAGAACAAAGGUGUUGAAUGAUACUGGUGACGUACAGUGGGGAGAACAAGUAUUUGAUACACUGCCGAUUUUGCAGGUUUUCCUACUUACAAAGCAUGUAGAGGUCUGUAAUUUUUAUCAUAGGUACACUUCAACUGUGAGAGACGGAAUCUAAAACAAAAAUCCAGAAAAUCACAUUGUAUGAUUUGUAAGUUAUUAAUUUGCAUUUUAUUGCAUGACAUAAGUAUUUGAUACAUCAGAAAAGCAGAACUUAAUAUUUGGUACAGAAACCUUUGUUUGCAAUUACAGAGAUCAUACGUUUCCUGUAGGUCUUGACCAGGUUUGCACACACUGCAGCAGGGAUUUUGGCCCACUCCCAUACAGACCUUCUCCAGAUCCUUCAGGUUUCGGGGCUGUCGCUGGGCAAAACGGACUUUCAGCUCCCUCCAAAGAUUUUCUAUUGGGUUCAGGUCUGGAGACUGGCUAGGCCACUAUAGGACCAUGAGAUGCUUCUUACGGAGCCACUCCUUAGUUGCCCUGGCUGUGUGUUUCGGGUCGUUGUCAUGCUGGAAGACCCAGCCACGACCCAUCUUCAAUGCUCUUACUGAGGGAAGGAGGUUGUUGGCCAAGAUCUCGCGAUACAUGGCCCCAUCCAUCCUCCCCUCAAUACAGUGCAGUCGUCCUGUCUCCUUUGCAGAAAAGCAUCCCCAAAGAAUGAUGUUUCCAGCUCCAUGCUUCACGGUUGGGAUGGUGUUCUUGGGGUUGUACUCAUCCUUCUUCUUCCUCCAAACACGGCGAGUGGAGUUUAGACCAAAAAGCUCUAUUUUUGUCUCAUCAGACCACAUGACCUUCUCCCAUUCCUCCUCUGGAUCAUCCAGAUGGUCAUUGGCAAACUUCAGACGGGCCUGGACAUGCGCUGGCUUGAGCAGGGGGACCUUGCGUGCGCUGCAGGAUUUUAAUCCAUGACGGCGUAGUGUGUUACUAAUGGUUUUCUUUGAGACUGUGGUCCCAGCUCUCUUCAGGUCAUUGACCAGGUCCUGCCGUGUAGUUCUGGGCUGAUCCCUCACCUUCCUCAUGAUCAUUGAUGCCCCACGAGGUGAGAUCUUGCAUGGAGCCCCAGACCGGGGGUGAUUGACCGUCAUCUUGAACUUCUUCCAUUUUCUAAUUAUUGCGCCAACAGUUGUUGCCUUCUCACCAAGCUGUUUGCCGAUUGUCCUGUAGCCCAUCCCAGCCUUGUGCAGGUCUACAAUUUUAUCCCUGAUGUCCUUACACAGCUCUCUGGUCUUGGCCAUUGUGGAGAGGUUGGCGUCUGUUUGAUUGAGUGUGUGGACAGGUGUCUUUUAUACAGGUAACGAGUUCAAACAGGUGCAGUUAAUACAGGUAAUGAGUGGAGAACAGGAGGGCUUCUUAAAGAAGAACUAACAGGUCUGUGAGAGCUGGAAUUCUUACUGGUUGGUAGGUGAUCAAAUACUUAUGUCAUGCAAUAAAAUGCAAAUUAAUUACUUAAAAAUCAUACAAUGUGAUUUUCUGGAUUUUUGUUUUAGAUUCCGUCUCUCACAGUUGAAGUGUACCUAUGAUAAAAAUUACAUACAUCUACAUGCUUUGUAAGUAGGAAAACCUGCAAAAUCGGCAGUGUAUCAAAUACUGUAAAUGCGUAGGAGAGCAGGUCUACCAGGUAAAUCUUGAUCUUGUCCUACUUUAUCUGUUUUAGUAGAAACUCUUGCAUGUGUUAGUGUAUCAGUGGCUAUCUAAAAGAAGAUGUACUGUAGGGCUUUUUAAGUCUCAAUCAUAUUUGACCAAUGGCUGAUAUGUGUUUCUCAUGCACAACAGAUACUGCUACUACAUGUUUCUAACAUCAGGAAAAUGUACUUCUUGCAUACUUACAAAACUGUAGCUUUUCAACUCCAUACCCGUUUCAUAUCUAGAAGCUGAUCAAUCCAGUGUGUCUUAUUCUGUCUUUCAGUGUAAGGUACUUGAGCAGCUUAUGGAGCAGGGCAUGGUGUUCACGGAGUACGAGCAGGUGGCCAAGCGGCGUCCGGCAGGCGACUGCAGCAUCGCCCAGCUGCCGGAGAGCGGCGAGAGGAACCGCUUCCAGGAUGUGCUGCCCUACGACGACACGCGUGUGGAGCUGGUGCCCACCAAGGAGAACAACACAGGCUACAUCAACGCCUCGCACAUCAGGGUAAUGUUAGACACAGACUAAAUACACCAUACGCUUAAAUAUAUUCUCUACAAUGUUUAUUUCAAACAGAAUUUUGACCUUAAUCACAACAUAAUGUAAUAUAAACUGAACCAAACUACAUUUAAUGUGUCUCAUAAAAACAAGUGUGAAUGUCAUGAGACUGAACAAGACAUUCAUAUUAAUGUGCAUGCAAAUGUAUGACUGAACGCACAAACAUAAGCCAUUUAAAUCAAGAGCAACUUGGUUGAAAAGCAAAAAUAGCUUUUUAAUGUUGUCAAUAUUUUCCAUAUAGAGUACAUUACCCAGUCAUAUUAAUGAACUUAGGCUAAAGUAGAAUGUGUGGAAAACAUCCCACAUAGGUCAAUAUGGAAGUAGAGGUGUAAGGCCUACGUUUGGUUUGGUGCCGUAGCCCUUCAGGCUCUGGGGUAAUUAUCUUCUUAUCAUCCGUUCUUGUACCAGGUGUAGGUGGCGUUGGUAAUGUCAGUCAGAGUGCAGGUGGUGCUACAGGUCAGUGUCACUAUCUGAUCCUUGUUCACUUUGGCAGGAGCUCCGUUCCCCAGCAGAACUGAAUGAAAACCGCUCUGACACAGAAAACAUAUUGCAGCCACUUCAGGAGAGUGGAGAUCUCUGUGGCAUUUUAUAGCAGAGGAGUAACUGUCUGUGGAGUGGGGCCUGAUCUAGAGGUUGUCUGUUCUUGUACCAGGUGUAGGUGGCGUUGGUAAUGUCAGUCAGAGUGCAGGUGCUGCUACAUGUCAGUGUCACCUUCCCUCCCUCUGUGGCAGGAGUCACCUUCACCUGCAGGUCUGUGACGGACACACUGACUCCAGGGGCACCUGAAUAUUUCUCUCUUGGUUGAUCUGUUAUUAGUCUGAACUCAUGAGCGUCGCUUUCUCUCAGCUCUGUGAUUAUCAGGAUGCAGUCACUCUUGUUAUCCCUACAGUUCUCCACGCGACCUGCAUAUGCUGGGUCCUUGCACAGAUCUACAGGAUUGCUCAAACGCUCCAAUCCAUUAAACCAGAAUACUCUGGUGACCUUAAGACCACUGGGACAUGUGUAAGUGCAAGACCGGUCCACUGUUGAGUCCUUCAAGGCACAUAUGCAUGGGUGUCACACUCCAGUCGCUCUGACCUUGUAUAUCACUGCAACACACACAGAUUAUAACAACAUUGAAUGUAGUAUUGUAAGACCUAUUGGCUCAUACUGACAGUAGGAUUUUUUGUCCACACAUUUUAGUAGUUGCUGAGUGUGAAUGACAACCAAAGAUAAGCGUCACUCAGUGAGGUGUGAAAGAUGACUACUAAAAUGACCAAGAAGUUUAACAGACGAUGUCACUGAAUACACCAGACCAGAAGAAGCUUCGGAGUAAUCUUAUCUUUAUUUUAUACAGUUUUAUUAAUGUCUGUAGAAUAGGUUGAAUAACAACAAGUUACUUGUUGUUAUUCAAUAAAGGGCUACUGCAAAGCUAAGAAUGAGACAACAGGCUACCUGCAAGAGAUGAGAAAGAUCACCAACAUACUUCCGUGCUGUUCUCAAGGCCAUGUUGCAUCUCUCACCCUGCAGUUUUAGAAACAGUUGGACAACAAAAACGGAAUAUCACUUCUAUUCAUUACUUUAUUUCAUGCUGACUUAUGAGUCCAACCAAAGGAUAUAGCCCCUUAAUCAAGUGUUUUCAACAAUGCAUUAUACCAUUGGAACUUCAUUUGAAAAGGACCUUGUAACCAAAACAUUGAUAUUUAAAGAAAAGUAUAUUUUAUCCCUUUGCCCUAGUUUUUCUACUCUGUUACAGCAACACAAAACACCAUGUAGAAGAGCAUUACAUUGAAUAGCAUUACUGCACCCAGUAAUUUAAGUCCAUAUUUUCAGCUAUUAUCAAGUAUACUUAGUGAGAAUGUAAGGUCUUUUCAGGGUCUUGUAUGUUAACUUACUGACGGUGCAUGGGAACAGAAAGGAGGUUAUGUGGUGUAGGGUUGACGCAUCAGGGGCCAAAAAUAUACUGAACAUGCAACAAUUUCAAAGAGUUUACUGAGUUACAGUUCAUAUAAGGAAAUCAGUCAAUUUAAAUAAAUUCACGAGGCCCUAAUCUAUGGAUUUUACAUGACUGGGCAGGGGUGCAGCCAUGGGUGGGCCUGGGAGGGAAUAUGCCCACCCACUUGGCAGCCAGACCCACCCACUGGGGAGCCAGGCCCAGCCAAUCAGAAUUAGUUUUUCCACACAAAAGGGCUUUAUUACAGACAGAAAUACUCCUCAGCACAGUAAUAAUUGCUGGAUAUUAAUUCACUACCUCCAACUGUUGACUGUCAUGUCCUAAAAAAACAACUCUUGUGUUAUUUUCAGCUUCCUAGAAAUGCUCUUCAUUCCAGAUGACUGUUGAUGGCUCUGGCAUCUGUGCAGUCAUUGUCUCCUUGAUAAUCAUUCCUUCCCCAGGGCUGGGUAGGGUAAUGAUCGGCAUGCCAUGCAUACAUACCUGCUGUGGCUUUAGAUGGAGAACACAGAUAGUGCCUUUAUUACUUAAUGAGGUCAAUAACCGUAUCUCUCCUCUGGCUUUUCCUAGAUUACGGUGGGCGGAGACGAGUGGAGCUACAUCGCCUCCCAGGGCCCUCUUUCCAACACCUGUCUGGACUUCUGGCAAAUGGUGUGGGAGCAGGGUGUGGCCAUCAUUGCCAUGGUUACAGCUGAAGAGGUGUGUGUGUGUUUAUUAAACUGAUCUUUAUUAUGUCAGUAGUGUAAGUUGACAUUUUUAUUGAAUGUCCUCAGAUCUAGACGUACACAAUGACUUGUUAGUAUUAACAUGACCCUUUGAUUACCAAUCUGUAGCAGGUUUCUCAGCUCUAUCCCUCUGGCUAACCUUUAACCUUUGUCAUCCAACCCCCUUUGCAGGAGGGUGGCAGGGAGAAGAGUUUCCGCUACUGGCCACGGCUGGGCUCUCGCCACAACACGGUGACAUACGGACGCUUUAAGAUCACCACGCGCUUCAGGACGGACUCAGGCUGCUAUGCCACCACAGGCCUGAAGAUCAAACACCUGCUGACGGGCCAGGAGCGCACCGUAUGGCACCUGCAGUACACAGACUGGCCUGACCACGGCUGCCCCGAGGACUUCAAGGGCUUCCUCUGUGAGUGGAUCGGUUGGAAUUUAGAUGUAACGUGUAAUCAAACCAGGAAGGCCCUUUAAGAUUGUAAAUCUCUAUUCCAAGGGAGAGGUCAAGAAGGCAGUUCCAGUCUAAUUUAAAGGGGUGAUAACUUGGCAUUUUGUGUUGUAAAAUCCUCUUUUCAUUAAGAGUUUGGUUAAUAUAGGUUGAGAGCUUUUGUGAAAGAGCACAGUUAGAAAGAUAUGGCAUAUAGAAGCAAACCGGAUGGACAUCAUGAAAAUGAUCGGAGAGGUUGAGGGUAGAGAAAGUUCAGGAGUAAAAACAAACAAAAUAUAAUUAUUGUAAAAUUGACUGUGUCCAAAAAUUUAUAUAGUAUGUAUAAGCUGGAAGUAGAGGCCUAAGCAUUGUUGUUCACUAGUAUACUCCAAUUAGGGAAGGGGUGGUGGGGUUGGAAAGUAAUAAAGGGAAAUAUAUAUUUUUUAAAGGAUGUGUGUGUGUGUGUGUGUGUGUGUGUGUGUGUAUGUAUAUAUAUAAAAUCCUUUUUUUAAAUAUAUAUUUUCUUAAAUCAGCAUCUCUACAUGUAUGACAGCCAUUCCAUUCCAGUGUCUGUUGAAUUCCAACACAGGCACACCUCAUUCUACUGAAUUAGGAACUGAUUAGGUGAUCACCUGAACCAAAUCUUAUUUAAUGAGGAAAAGUAUAAACACCAGUGCUGUGGUCAUCACUAUCCUCUUGCAAUAGGACCAGCUGGAUGGCAAAAACUGUGCUAAAAGUACCUUCAAAGGUAAUAUUAAUCAAAAAAUAACUAUUGACCAUGCCAAAAGAGUUGAAAAGGAAAGUUUUGAGUGAGGAAAAGAAGGGUUCAAUUCUGGCUUUACUGGCAGAGGGAUACAUUGAGCGUCAGGUUGCUUCCAUCCUUAAAACUUAAAAGACGGCGGUUCAUAAGAACAAGGUCAAGCAGCAGACAUUGGGGACAACAAAGCUACAGACCGGCAGAGGGCGAAAAUGACUCUCUACUGACCGGGAUGACCGCCAACUCAUUCGAAUGUCACUCAACAACCGUAGGAUGACAUCAAGUGACCUACAAAAAGAAUGGCAAACGGCAGCUGGGUUGAAGUGCACGGGGUUGAAGUGCACGGCGGGGACGGUUCGAAAGAGGCUCCUAGGGGCAGGGCUGAAGUCGUGCAAAGCUAGAAAAAAGCCCUUCAUCAAUGAGAAGCAAAGAAGAGCCAGGCUGAGGUUUGCAAAAGACCAUAAGGAUUGGACCAUAGAGGACUGGAGUAAGGUCUUCUCUGAUGAGUCCAAUUUUCAGCUUUGCCCAACACCUGGUCGUCUAAUGGUUAGACGGAGACCUGGAGAGGCCUACAAGCCACAGUGUCUCGCAUCCACUGUGAAAUUUGGUGGAGGAUCGGUGAUGAUCUGGGGGUGCUUCAGCAAGGCUGGAAUCGGGCAGAUUUGUCUUUGCAUGAAUCAAGCCAUGUACAAGGUUGUCCUGGAAGAAAACUUGCUUCUUUUUGCUCUGACAUUGUUUCCCAACUCUGAGGAUUGGUUUUUCCAGCAGGACAAUGUGCCAUGCCACACAGCCAGGUCAAUCAAGGUGUGGAUGGAGGACCACCAGAUCAAGACCCUGUCAUGGCCAGCCCAAUCUCCAGACGUGAAGUCCAUUGAAAACUUCUGGAAUGUGAUCAAGAGGAAGAUGGAUGGUUACAAGCCAUCAAACAAAGCCGAGCUGCUUGAAUGUUUGCGCCAGGAGUGGCAUAAAGUCACCCAACAUCAAUGUGAAAGACUGGUGGAGAGCAUGCCAAGACGCAUGAAAGCUGUGAUUGAAGAUCAGGGUUAUUCCACCAAAUAUAGAUUUCUGAACUCUAGUGUUGUUUAAAAAUGAACAUGAACUUAUUUUCUUUGCAUUAUUCGGGGUCUGACAACACUGCAUAUUUUUUAUUAUUUUGACCAGUUGUCAUUUUCUGCAAAUAAAUGCUCUUUACAAUAUUUUUUAUCUGGAAUUUGGGAGAAAUGUUGUCAAUAGUUUAUAGAAUAAAACAAGAAAAACGAUUUUACCCAAACACAUACCUAUAAAUAGUAAAACCAGAGAAACUGAUAAUUUUGCAGUGGUCUCUUAAUUUUUUUCAGAGCUAUAUAUAUAUAUAUAUGUGUGUGUGUGUGUGUAUAUGUGUGUGUAUGUAUGCAAGAAACAAAAACAUAUGGGGGAUUGGAAGGGAUGCAGACAAUUACAAUCUAUCUGCAAUAUUAAAGCUGAUCUACCCCCUAAAAUUUAAAAAUAAAUAAAAGUUUGGUUCAUAUAAUAAAUCAUCAUUUUAUUUAUAUAUAUAUUUAUAUAUAUUUAUUAUUUUCCAGCAUACCUGGAGGAGAUCCAGUCAGUGAGGAGACACACCAACAGCACCAGCGACCCAAAGAAUACCAACCUACCUGUGCUGGUCCACUGUAGCGCUGGAGUGGGCCGCACCGGGGUGGUCAUACUCACUGAGAUUAUGAUCGCCUGUCUGGAACACAACGAGGUAAAAAACGAACUAAUUUCUACAUGUACAGUGGGGAAAAAAAGUAUUUAGUCAGCCACCAAUUGUGCAAGUUCUCCCACUUAAAUAGAUGAGAGAGGCCUGUAAUUUUCAUCAUAGGUACACGUCAACUAUGACAGACAAAUUGCGGGGGAAAAAAUCCAGAAAAUCACAUUGUAGGAUUUUUUAUGAAUUUAUUUGCAAAUUAUGGUGGAAAAUAAGUAUUUGGUCACCUACAAACAAGCAAGAUUUCUGGCUCUCACAGACCUGUAACAACUUUUUUAAGAGGCUCCUCUGUCCUCCACUCGUUACCUGUAUUAAUGGCACCUGUUUGAACUUGUUAUCAGUAUAAAAGACACCUGUCCACAACCUCAAACAGUCACACUCCAAACUCCACUAUGGCCAAGACCAAAGAGCUGUCAAUGGACACCAGAAACAAAAUUGUAGACCUGCACCAGGCUGGGAAGACUGAAUCUGCAAUAGGUAAGCAGCUUGGUUUGAAGAAAUCAACUGUGGGAGCAAUUAUUAGGAAAUGGAAGACAUACAAGACCACUGAUAAUCUCCCUCGAUCUGGGGCUCCACGCAAGAUCUCACCCCGUGGGGUCAAAAUGAUCACAGGAACGGUGAGCAAAAAUCCCAGAACCACACGGGGGGACCUAGUGAAUGACCUGCAGAGAGCUGGGACCAAAGUAACAAAGCCUACCAUCAGUAACACACUACGCCGCCAGGGACUCAAAUCCUGCAGUGCCAGACGUGUCCCCCUGCUUAAGCCAGUACAUGUCCAGGCCCGUCUGAAGUUUGCUAGAGUGCAUUUGGAUGAUCCAGAAGAGGAUUGGGAGAAUGUCAAAUGGUCAGAUGAAACCAAAAUAGAACUUUUUGGUAAAAACUCAACUCGUCGUGUUUGGAGGACAAAGAAUGCUGAGUUGCAUCCAAAGAACACCAUACCUACUGUGAAGCAUGGGGGUGGAAACAUCAUGCUUUGGGGCUGUUUUUCUGCAAAGGGACCAGGACGACUGAUCCGUGUAAAGGAAAGAAUGAAUGGGGCCAUGUAUCGUGAGAUUUUGAGUGAAAACCUCCUUCCAUCAGCAAGGGCAUUGAAGAUGAAACGUGGCUGGGUCUUUCAGCAAAACCAACACCGCCCGGGCAACGAAGGAGUGGCUUCGUAAGAAGCAUUUCAAGGUCCUGGAGUGGCCUAGCCAGUCUCCAGAUCUCAACCCCAUAGAAAAUCUUUGGAGGGAGUUGAAAGUCCGUGUUGCCCAGUGACAGCCCCAAAACAUCACUGCUCUAGAGGAGAUCUGCAUGGAGGAAUGGGCCAAAAUACCAGCAACAGUGUGUGAAAACCUUGUGAAGACUUACAGAAAACGUUUGACCUGUGUAAAUUGCCAACAAAGGGUAUAUAACAAAGUAUUGAGAAACUUUUGUUAUUGACCAAAUACUUAUUUUCCGCCAUAAUUUGCAAAUAAAUUCAUUAAAAAUCCUACAAUGUGAUUUUCAGGAUUUUUUUUUCUCAUUUUGUCUGUCAUAGUUGACGUGUACCUAUGAUGAAAAUUACAGGCCUCUCUCAUCUUUUUAAGUGGGAGAACUUGCACAAUUGGUGGCUGACUAAAUACUUUUUUCCCCCACUGUACAUAAGUAUUCACACCCUUUGCUAUGAGACUCGAAAUUGAGCUCAGGUGCAUCCUGUUUCCAUAGAUCGUCCUUGAAAUGUUUCUACUACUUGAUUGGAGUCCAACUGUGAUGAAUUAAAUUGAUUGGACAUCAUUUGGAAAGGCACACACCUGUCUAUAUAAGGUCCCACAGUUAAGGCACAGAUCUGGGGAAGGGUACCAAAAAAUGUGUGCAGCAUUGAAGAACACAGUGGCCUCCAUCAUUCUUAAAUGGAAGAAGUUUGGAACCACCAAGACUCUUCGUAGAGCUUGCUGUCCGGCAAAACUGAGCAAUCAGGGGAGAAGGGCCUUGGUCAGGGAGGUGACCAAGAACCCGAUGGUCACUCUGACAGAGCUCCAGAGUUCCUCUGUGGAGAAGGACAACCAUCUCUGCAGUACUCCGCCAAUCAGGCCUUUAUGGUAGAGUGGCCAGACGGAAGCCACUCCUCAGUAAAAGGCACAUGACUGCCCGCUUGGAGUUUGCCAAAAGGCACCUAAAGGAUUCAGACCAUGAGAAACAAGGUUACUCCCGAGUGGCGCAGUGGUCUAAGGCACUGCAUCGCAGUGCUAGCUGUGCCACUAGAGAUCCUGGUUCGAAUCCAGGCUCUGUCGUAGCCGGCCGCGACCGGGAGACCCAUGGGGCGGCGCACAAUUGGCCCAGCGUCGUCCAGGGUAGGGGAGGGAAUGGCCGGCAGGGAUGUAGCUCAGUUGGUAGAGCAUGGCAUUUGCAACGCCAGGGUUGUGGGUUCGAUUCCCACGGGGGACCAGUAUGAAAAAUAAAAAAAUAAUGUAUGCACUCACUAACUGUAAGUCGCUCUGGAUAAGAGCGUCUGCUAAAUGACUAAAAUGUAAAUGUAAGGGAGGUGACCAAGAACCCGAUGGUCACUCUGACAGAGCUCCAGAUGGGAGAACCUUCCAGAAGGACAACCAUCUCUGCAGCACUCCACCAAUCAGGCCUUUAUGGUAGAGUGGCCAGACGGAAGCCACUCCUCAGUUAAAGGCACAUGACAGCCCGCUUGGAGUUUGCCAAAAGGCACCUUAAGGACUCUCAGACCAUGAAAACAAGAUUCUCUGGUCUGAUGAAACCAAGAUUGAACUCUUUGGCCUGAAUGCCAAGCGUCACGUCUGGAGGAAACCUGGCACCAUCCCUACAGUGAAGCAUGGUGGUGGCAGCAUCAUGCUGGGGGGAUGUUUUUCAGCGGCAGGGACUGGGAAACUAGUCAGGAUCGAGGGAAAGAUGAACGGAGCAAAGUACAGAGAGAUCCUUGAUGAAAACCUGCUCCAGGGUGCUCAGGAACUCAGACUGGGGCGAAGGUUCACCUUCCAACAGGACAACGACCCUAAGCACACGCAACAAGUAUCUGAAUGUCCUUGAGUGGCCCAGCCAGAACCCAGACUUUAACCCGAUCGAACAUCUCUUGAGAGACCUGAAAAUAGCUGUGCAGCGACGCUCCACAUCCAACCAGACAGAACUUGAGAAGAUCUACAGAGAAGAAUGGGAGAAACUCCCCAAAUACAGGUGUGCCAAGCUUGUAGUAUCAUACCCAAGAAGACUCGAGGCUGUAAUCGCUGCCAAUGGUGCUUCAACAAAGUACUGAGUAAAGGGUCUGAAUAGUUAUGUAAAUUUAAUAUUUCCGUUUUAUUUUAAAUACAUUUGCUAACAUUUCUAAAAACUUAUUUUUGCUUCGUCGUUAUUGGGUAUUGAGGAGGGGAAAAAACGAUUUAAUCAAUUUUAGAAUAAUGCUGUAACGUCAAGGGGUCUGAAUACUUUCGAAUGCACUGUAGAACGCCUAAAAACAUGAUUCUGUAAAGGUUCAUGCAUCUCUUUGUUUUAUGUUAGGACAGCGUGAAUCAUGUCGCCAUGAUUGAAUCCUAGUCUAUUCCAUCAGUAAUGCAGGCAUUUAUCACACCGCACCGCAGUUUAGAUCAGGGAUGGGCAACUGGCGGUCCGCGGGCCCCCCUUUUGAAGGCCCUCGGAUCAAUUUCCCCCCCAAACAACUACUACUAAUACUUUUUUUAGGAACUCAGUCGGGGUUUCAACUUACUGUUGCGAGUUAGACUAGUAAAAUACACAAAGUGCAAUUUCAAAAUGUGGUUUUGCAUCAGCAGUUUUCUCUUAUGUCAGCAGUCACUGAUAGUCAGUCAAUUAGCCCAUGUCGGCUAACAAUUUUUAGAUUGCUAAAUUAGUUUAGCGGCCAGCAAUCUAAACUUGUUAUCUUGGUCGAAUUACCGGCCGGGGGGCCCCCACUGAUUUUGUUAGUCUCACUUAGAUAUAUUAAAAACUAAAAACAUUUCUCUACACCCUAUGGCAAAAUGUGUAGAAUUACAGGAAAUUAGCUGUAAAACAGCUAAUUUUCCUCUCCGCCCCAUGGCAAAAUGUAUAGAAUUGCAGCAAACUUGCCUUAGAACUGCUACAUUUUCUCUACACCCCAUGGCAAAAUGUAUAGAAUUGCAGCAAACUUGCCUUAAAACUGCUACAUUUUUCUACACCCCAUGGCACAAUGUGUAGAAUUGUACGAAAUUAGACCUACACAUUCAUUCGAAAUUCUCUCCCCUGUCAAGAGGCGGGCCACUAAAAUGUUUUGCUCGCAAUGGGGGGGUGGGCAACUGCGGCCCCUCAUGAUGAGUUCAGAUUUUUGGUGGUUCCCACCCCCAUCAAAGUUGCCCAUCCCUGGUUUAGAUCAAUAGGCCCCUGAACCAAUCCAAUAACGUACUACUUUUUUAACGUGUCUGUGUCCUGUUUCCCCCUCUUUCCUCCAGAUGCUGGACGUCCCGACCGUUCUGAACAUGCUCCGGCAGCAGCGUAUGAUGAUGGUGCAGACCAUCUCACAAUACACCUUCAUUUACAAAGUCCUUAUCCAGUUCCUCCGCAACUCCAGGCUCAUCUAAGUGCAAACCUCAGCACCCCCCCAAACGUUUGUGUCGGACACGAGGAGCCGAGAUUAUCCAGUUUCCUCAACGCUCUUGCAAACUGCAGUGCGUUGGAGCAACUGUGGCCUUUAGCUCCAAAAUGGCAGUGCUGGCAGAUGGCCCUUUUUCAAAGUGUUAAUGGAGGCGAGACUGCAAUGAAACCUGACAAUGAAAGGAUCGCAUGACUUUGUGUGUGUGUGUGUGUUUCCCUCUUGAACAGUAUUAUUGAGAUUUCACUGUAAGGUUUCUACACUAUAUGAUUACUGACAUGAAACCCAGCACUUUUACAGUACAGUACCUUGCUCUAUAUAGCAAAACCAUGUUGAAGCUGCAGUUAAAAUCUAUAUCUGAUUAUUGUAUAUCAAUAUCAUUAAUUACAGAUCUAUUUUUAUCACAGAUUUUUGAGUUUUUACGAUGUGUGUGCUAGAUGAUGAUGGUCUUUAUAAAGAAGGACUUGACUAAUGUUUUGAUUGAGAAUACUGUUUGUUGUCUGCUUGACCGUGGAAGAUGAGAAUGGUCACUUUUUUUAAUGAAGGGCAUCUUUGUGGCACUGCACUUGCAUCUAAGGAGUGUAGAAGUGUUACCAUGUCCCUACUGUGGUGGUUUAGGAUUUCUCCUUUGCUCUUCUAUUUGACCGAGCAAUAGGCCUGACACUAAGACCAUGUUUCGAUUUAAAAGGGAGUUAAUUUUAUUUUACCCACAUUGUUCCACAAACCCCACUUUGGGGAAACCUGGGUAUUUGUAUCCAAAGAGCUAAAGUCAUUCAAUAGCUACACACAUCAUGUUGUGUUAGACAGGUGUCUACCAAAGAAUCUUUACUGUUAAAUACAUACAACUUCUUGAGUUAUUAGUGAGGCUAGAAUAUCUAACUAAGAUAAAUCAUGUGAAAGAAUACACACACACCCAUUGAGGUGUUUGGACAUACCUGGAAUUGAUGGAAUUGUCCACCUACCAAUGCUUAUCCAAGAUGUUAUACUGAACAUUCGGCUUUAAAAAAAAUAUAUCCUUAAAAGGAACGGUCCCUUCAACAUAUUGAAAUUGUUUUUGUCACAAACUGCAAAUUAUUAAUACUUUCCCCCCCCCCCAUCUAUCUCUCCCAUAUAGUACUAUACCAGACGUGGCUCACACAAUGUGCAAUCCGCAGUUGAAAUAAUAACAAAGCGUUUUCUCUGCCACUGUUGCGUUA